CGGGUUUAAAGCUGGAGGCGCCCGGCGCGGGCACCGCGGCGAGCUGAGGGACUGCGAUUGGAGCGCUGCGGCGCCGUCUGGUCAGGAACAGAAGUGGUCCUCGCUGAGUUCUGCAAGAUGAACGGCCACGCCUCUCCUCCUCAUGACCUUCUAGUCAUCGGUGGCACCGGGCCAGCUGCUGUCUCCAAGACCGUGAAGGCCGUGCUGGGAGCUGGCACCCCAUCUGUGCCCCAGGCCAGGAGCAUCGCCGGGGUGUGGGUGGAGGCCUCGGGCCAGGCCCAGGGUCUCUAUGCUGCCAUGAAGCAGGGUCUCCUGCCCUCCGGGCUUGGGCUGGCUCUGCUGGAGGCUCAGGCAGCCACAGGGGGCCUGGUGGACCCCACGCAGGGCCAGCUGCUCCCCGUGUCUGAGGCCCUGCAGCAGGGCCUGGUGGGCUUGGAGCUCAAGGAGAAGCUGCUGGCUGCCGAGCGUGCGGCCACUGGGUACCCUGAUCCCUAUGGGGGCGAGAAGCUGGCCCUCUUCCAGGCCAUUAGGAAGGAGGUGGUAGACAGGGCGCUGGGGUGGAACUGGCUGGAGGCCCAGCUGGCCACUGGGGGCCUGGUGGACCCCAUCCGGGGGGUGCGUGUGGCCCCCGAGCUGGCCUGCCAGCAGGGCCUCCUGGACCAGGAGACGUGGCAUGGGCUGUCAGAGCUGGGGCCCGGCUCGAGCGCCCUGGGCUUCCUGGACCCCAACACACUGGAGCAGCUGCUCUACCGGGAGUUGCUGGGCAGGUGUGUGCAGGCGCCCAGCACAGGGCUGGCCCUACUGCCCCUCAAGGUCACAUUCCAUACCCUGGGUGGGGCUGUGAGCUUGGCUGAGCUGCUGGAGGUGGGGAUCUUGGACAAGGAGACAGCCCAAGGCCUGCGGGAGGGCCGGCUGGCGGUGCCAGAUGUGGGUGCCCGCGCUGAGGUGCGGCGUUACCUGCAGGGCACUGGUGGUGUGGCUGGUGUUGUCCUGCUGCCCGCAGGGCACAAGAAGAGCUUCUUCCAGGCCGCGGCAGAGCACCUGCUUCCCACAGGUGCUGUGCUUCUGCUCCUGGAGGCUCAGGCUGCCACCUGCAUGCUGGUGGACCCAGCCACUGGCCGGCAGCUGCGGGUGGAUGAGGCGGUUCGGGCAGGCCUAGUCACCCCUGAGCUCCACAGGCAGCUCCAGGUGGCAGAGAAGGCAGUGACGGGCUACCACGACCCCUUCAGUGGCACCCGCGUUCCCCUUUUCCAGGCCAUGAAGAAGGAGUUGGUGGACCAGCCUCUGGCGCUCAGGCUCCUGGACGCCCAGCUGGCCACGGGCGGGCUAGUGUGUCCUGCCCGCCGGCUCCGGCUGCCCAUGGAGGCUGCCCUGCGCCUCGGCUGCCUGGAUGAAGAGACUCAGCAGCACCUCUCGAGGGCUGCUGGCUUCUUGGACCCCAGCACGCACGAGAGCCUCAGCUACGGGCAGCUGCUGGCCCGCUGCGUCACUGACCUGGAGACGGGGCUGGCAUUCCUGCCCAUCUCAGCGGGGAGCCCUGGGGAGGAGCCCCAGGGGCCCCCGUUCAUCGAGCACAGCACCCGGCAGGUCUUGAGUGCUGCCACGGCCACCGUCUCUGUAGGCAGGUUCCAGGGCCGGCCCACGUCGCUCUGGGAGCUGCUCUUCUCCGAGGUGGUCCCUGUGGAGCAGAGGGUGAUGCUGAUCCAGCAGCACAAGCACGGGGCCCUCUCAGUGGAGGAGCUGGCGGCUGCGCUGAGGGCCACCCAUGAGCAGGCUGCAGCCACUGCCAGAACCACCUUUGCUGGGCUCAGGGUCCCCGUGACUCCGGGAGAGCUGCUGAGAGCGGAGAUCAUCAGCCAGGAUGUUUAUGAGCAGCUGGAACAUGGCCAGACCACGGCCCAGGACGUGGCCAGCCUGGACUCAGUGCAAAGGUACUUGCAAGGCACUGGCUGCAUCGCUGGCUUGCUGCUACCUGGGUCCCAGGAGCCCCUCAGCAUCCACGAGGCUUACAGGAAGGGGCUUCUCAGGCCGGGCACGGCACUCAUCCUCCUGGAGGCACAGGCAGCCACUGGCUUCAUCAUUGAUCCCAAAGAGAAUAGGAGAUACUCCGUGGAGGAGGCGCUGAGGGCUGGCGUCAUCGGGCCUGAGAUGUUUGCCAAGCUGCUGUCGGCCGAGCGCGCUGUCACCGGCUACACCGACCCUUACACCGGGCAGCAGAUCUCCCUCUUCCAGGCCAUGAAGAAGGACCUCAUCGUGCGUGAGCACGGCAUCCGCCUGCUGGAGGCCCAGAUCGCCACGGGCGGCGUCAUCGACCCCGUGCACAGCCACCGCGUGCCCGUGGACGUGGCCUACCAGCGCGGCUACUUCGACGAGGAGAUGAACCGCGUGCUGGAGGACCCCAGCGACGACACCAAGGGCUUCUUCGACCCCAACACGCACGAGAACCUCACGUACAUGCAGCUGCUGGAGCGCUGUGUGCAUGACCCCGACAAGGGGCUCUACCUGUUGCCACUUAAAAGCGCACGGACCCUGCUGGCAGAUGAGGCCACCCGGCAGGCCUUCCGGAGCCUGCUGCUGUCGGUGCAGCACGGGCGGUUCCAGGGACGGAGGGUGUCCGCUUGGGAGUUGGUCAACUCGGAGUACAUCAGCGAGGCACGCCGGCGGUGGCUGCUGCAGAGCUUCCGACAGCACCAGGUGUCCCUGGAGGAGGUCUCGAAGCUGCUGGAGAGGGAGGUGGAGAGCCAGGCAGACGUCGCCCUCCCCACACUGCGGGGCCGGGUGACCGCCUGCCAGCUCCGGGAGGCUGGUGUCGUCGACCAGGAGGUCCUGGGCCGCGUGCUAGCGGGGACGCUCAGCCCUGAGGCCCUGCUCUGCACAGAGAGUGUCUGCAAGUUCCUGUGCGGCUCAGGCGCCGUGGGUGGCGUGCUCCUGCAGCCCUCUACCCGGCGGCUCAGCCUCUACCAGGCCAUGAAGCAGAAGCUGCUGGGGCCAGGAGUGGCCCUGGCUCUGCUGGAGGCCCAGGCAGCCACGGGGGCCAUGACCGACCCCCACAGCCUGGAGACCACGUCCUUGGAUGAGGCUGUGCGCCGGGGGCUCGUGGGGCCAGAGCUCUACAGCAGGCUGACCUGGGCUGAGUGCGCUGUCACGGGCUUCCCGGACCCCUUCUCUGGAAAGCUGCUGUCCCUGUUCCAGGCCAUGAAGAAGGGCCUUGUCCCUGCGGAGCAGGCCAUCCGCCUCCUGGAGGCCCAGGUGGCCACGGGCGGGGUCAUUGACCCCACCAGCCACCACCACCUCCCCAUGCUCGUGGCCUUGCAGCGUGGCUACAUUGACCAGGAGGUGGUGUUGGCCUUGUCCGACUCCAAGACCUUCCCCACGCCUGACGGCAGGGGACACACUAGCUAUGCCCAGCUUCUGGAGCAGUGUGUAAGGGAUGAGGCCUCUGGCCUUCACUUUUUGCCCCUGCCGGAAAGUGCCCCUACGGUCCCCACGGAUGAGCAGGUGCAGAAGACCCUGAAGGCCAUGCAGGGGGCUGAAGACGGCACGUCCCUCUGGGAGCUGCUGGAGUCCUGCCACUUCACUAAGGAGCAGCGGAGGGGCUUCCUGGAGGACUUCAGGGAGGGGAGGAUCACGACACAGCAGCUGCAGGCGGCCGUGCAGAGGCAGGUGCAGGAGGCAGAGCUCUUGGCGAGGGCCCAUGUCACACUGCCCGGCCCCCGCGGCGGGGUGCCCGCCGUCUGGCUGCUGGAUGCUGGCGUCAUCACCCGGGAGACCCUGGAGGCGCUGGCACAGGGCAUGCAGUCGCCUGCCGAGGUCGCUGAGCAGCCGACGGUGCGGGCCUGCCUCUGGGGCACGGGCUGUGUGGCCGGGGUGCUGCUGCAGCCCUCAGGGGCCAAGGUGAGCAUUGCCCAGGCUGUGAGGGAUGGCCUUCUGCCCGCUGGCCUGGGGCAGAGACUACUGGAGGCCCAGGUGGUGUCUGGCUCUCUUGUGGAUCCUUUGACCAACCAGAGACUGUCGGUGGAGGAGGCGGUCAAGGCUGGCCUGGUGGCCGGGGCACUGAGUGAGCAGCUCCAGCAGGUUGAGAGGGCAGUGGCAGGGUACAUGGACCCCUGCUCGGGAGGCUCCCUCUCACUGUGGCAGGCGGUGGAGAAAGGGCUCGUGCCUCGGAGCGAGGGCCUCCCACUCCUGCAGGCGCAGCUGGCCACAGGGGGUGUGGUGGACCCCGUCUAUGGGGUGCACCUGCCCCAGGUGGCAGCCUUCAGGCUCGGCCUCCUGGAUGAGCAGACAAGCAGUACGUUGACCUCAACGAAUGAGGACAGCAAGUUCUUCUUCGACCCAGGCACACGGGACAAGGUGACCUACGGACAGCUCAAGGAGCGCUGUGUCCUGGAUGCCGACACUGGCUUGUGGCUGCUGCCACUCCCCCAGGACAUGGUGCUAGAGGUGGAUGACCACACAGCAGUGGCCCUGAGGGCCAUGAAGGUGCCAGUUGGGGCAGGGAGGUUCAGAGGGCUCAGCAUCUCACUCUGGGACCUGCUGCAUUCAGAGUAUGUAGGGCUCCACAAGCGGCGGGAGCUGGCAGCACUCUGCCAGUCUGGGAGGGCCACGGCCCUGCGGCAGGUGGUCACUGCGGUCACCACCUUAGUUGAGGCCUCAGAGAGACAGCCCUCACAGGCCACCUUCAGGGGUCUCCGGAAGCAGCUGUCAGCCAACGACCUGUUCAGGUCCCAGCUGAUCGACAAGAAGACGCUAGAUGAGCUGAGUCAAGGGAAGAGGACCGUGCAGGAGGUGGCAGAGAUGGACCACGUGCGGCGGUACUUGGAAGGGGGUAGCUUCAUCGCCGGGGUCCUCAUCCAGGACACCAAGGAGAAGAUGAGCAUCUCAGAGGCUCUGAGAAGAAACGUCCUGCGGCCAGGCACGGCCCUGGUGCUGCUGGAGGCACAGGCGGCCACUGGCUUCCUCAUUGACCCUGUGGAGAACUGCAAGCUGACUGUGCAGGAGGCGUUCGCGGCCGGGAUGUUUGGCAGGGAAACCUACCAGAAGCUGCUGUCGGCCGAGCGCGCUGUCACCGGCUACACCGACCCCUACACUGGGGAGCAGAUCUCCCUCUUCCAGGCCAUGAAGAAGGACCUCAUCGUGCGCGAGCAUGGCAUCCGCCUGCUGGAGGCCCAGAUCGCCACGGGCGGCAUCAUCGACCCCGUGCACAGCCACCGCGUGCCCGUGGACGUGGCCUACCAGCGCGGCUACUUCGACGAGGAGAUGAACCGCGUGCUGGAGGACCCCAGCGACGACACCAAGGGCUUCUUUGACCCCAACACGCACGAGAACCUCACAUACAUGCAGCUGCUGGAGCGCUGUGUGGAGGACCCUGAGACAGGGCUCUACAUGCUGCAAGUCGUAAAGAAAGGAGAAAUCUAUGUGUACAUUGAUGAAGCCACAAGGCAAGCCCUGCAGUCAAAAACUACUGAAAUGCUCGUGGGCAUGUUUGCCCAGCAGGUGGUCUCCUUCUGGGACCUGCUGUCCUCACCGUACUUCACGGAGGAAAGGAAGAAAGAGCUUGUCCAGGGGUACAAAGCUGGGAAUGUCAGCUUAGAGCAGCUGCUGAAGGUCAUCACCACAACGGUCGAAGAAACAGAACAGCAAAACAAGGGCAUCAGGCUGGCAGCCAUUGGAGGAGAGGUGACGGCUGCAGAGCUGUUUAACUCAGGAAUCAUUGAUAAGAAGACACUGGAUGCGCUACACAAUGAGGGAGCGGGGGGAAAGGACCUCUGCUGCCUGCCGCACGUGAAGGUCUACCUGGAAGGCAGCGGCUGCAUCGCAGGGCUGACCAUGCCCUCCACCCAUGAGGUGCUGAGCUUCUAUGAGGCCAGCAGGAAAGGGCUUAUCCCCGCGGGAUUUGCAGCCCACCUGCUGGAGGCUCAGGCGGCCACGGGAUUCCUGCUGGACCCCCACAGCCACCAGAGGCUCUCCGUGGAUGAUGCUGUGGCCACUGGCCUGGUGGGUGAGGAACUGCAGGAGAGACUCCUAAAUGCUGAGAAGGCCGCCAGGGGAUACACAGACCCAGACACAGGACACACCAUGUCCUUGUUCCAGGCAAUGCAGAGGAAGCUGGUGAAACGGGAGUUGGCGCUCAGACUGCUUGAGGUGCAGGUGGCCACGGGGGGCAUCAUGGACCCGCAGCACCACCACCGGCUUCCACUGGACGCUGCCUACAAACGCGGCUGUCUGGACCAGGACACGUACCCACUGGUGGCAGAGCAGAAGUGUAUGAAUAAACGGUUUGUGGAUCCCAACACUCAGGAGAAGGUGACUUACCAGGAACUGCAGGAGAGGAGCCGCCGAGAUGAGAACACCGGCUGGGCUCUGUUCCCAGUACUCAAGGAUGAAGAGGAAUCCCAGUUCAUCGAUGAGACCACUAGACGAGCGCUUGAGGCUGAGCGGGUAGAAGUGAUAGUGGGGCGGUUUAAAGGCCACAGGCCAUCAGUCUGGGAACUGCUGAAUUCUGAAUACGUGACAGAGGACAAAAAACUAGAGUUAGUACAAAAAUACAAGAGGGACACAGCACAUGCAUUAGAAAAGGUGGUAAAAGUGAUCUUUGAGAUAAUCAGUGAGAAAGAAAAGAACAAUAAGCAGCUAUGGUUCAGAGGUAUCAGGAAACAGAUCACAGCUUCUGAGCUGCUGACUUCAUCCAUCAUAAGCAGGGAGACGCUGCAGGCCUUGGAGUCCGGGCAGGCCUCUGUGGAUGCUGUCACAAAGAACGAGGUGGUGAGGCGAUACCUAGAGGGCACCGGGUGCAUCGCGGGCGUGCUGGUCCCCGCCAAGGACGAGCCCGGGCGCCAGGAGAAGAUGAGCAUCUACCAGGCCAUGUGGAAGGGCGUCCUGCGGCCGGGCACGGCCCUGGUGCUGCUGGAGGCGCAGGCGGCCACGGGCUUCGUCAUCGACCCCGUGCGCAACCAGAAGCUGUCCGUGGAGGAGGCGGUGGCCGCGGGCGUGGUGGGCGGCGAGCUCCAGGAGAAGCUGCUGUCGGCCGAGCGCGCGGUCACCGGCUACACCGACCCCUACACCGGGCAGCAGAUCUCCCUCUUCCAGGCCAUGAAGAAGGACCUCAUCGUGCGCGAGCACGGCAUCCGCCUGCUGGAGGCCCAGAUCGCCACGGGCGGCGUCAUCGACCCCGUGCACAGCCACCGCGUGCCCGUGGACGUGGCCUACCAGUGCGGCUACUUCGACGAGGAGAUGAACCGCGUGCUGGAGGACCCCAGCGACGACACCAAGGGCUUCUUCGACCCCAACACGCACGAGAACCUCACCUACGUGCAGCUGCUGCGGCGCUGCGUGCGCGACCCCGACACGGGGCUCUACAUGCUGCAGCUGGCCGGCCGGGGCUCCGCCCUCCACCAGCUGGGCGAGGAGCUGCGCGCCGCCCUGCGCGACACCCGCGUGACGCUGGGCGCGGGCCUCCCGCGGGGCCAGCCCGUCUCCGUGUGGGAGCUCCUCUUCUACCGGGAGGUGUCCGAGAGUCAGCGGCAGGACCUGCUGCGCCGGUACCGGGCGGGCUCGCUGACCGCGCGGGAGGUGGGCGCCGCCCUCGCCUCGCUGCUGGCCGAGGCCGAGGCUGGGGUCGCGCGGCCCGGCGCCCCGGACCCUCGGGGGGCGCUGCGUGCCGCCACCAUGGAGGUCCGGCUGGGCCGCCUGCGGGGGCCCGCGGUGCCCGUGUGGGACGUGCUGGACUCCGGCUACGUGAGCGCCGCCACGCGGGAGCAGCUGCUGGCCCAGUUCGGGUCGGGGACGCUGGGCUUGCCCGCGCUGACCCGCAGGCUGACCACCAUCAUCGAGGAGGCUGAGGCGGCCCACGGGGCCGAGCCCGCCCUCUCCCAAGGGGGCGGGGCCUCCGGGCAGCGGGCCGCCGCGGGACCGUGCCCUGGCCAGGACGCCGACGCCGCCACCGACGCCGCCAGGGCCCUGCUGGAGCAGGCCCUGCGCGCCGCCACCAUGGAGGUGCGCGUCGGGCGGUUCCAGGGCCGGCCCGUCUCCGUGUGGGAGGUCCUCUUCUCCUCCUACCUGAGCCAGGCCCGCCGGGACGAGCUGCUGGCCCAGCACGCGGCCGGCGCCCUGGCCCUGCCCGCCCUGGUCGCGGUCCUCACCCAGCUCAUCGAGGAGACGGAGGAGCGGCUGAGCAAGGUGUCCUUCCGGGGCCUGAGGCGCCAGGUGUCGGCCUCCGAGCUGCACACGUCCGGGAUCCUGGGCCCCGAGACCCUGCGGGACCUGGCCCAGGGCACCAAGACCCUGCAGGAGGUGACGGAGAUGGACUCGGUGAAGCGCUACCUGGAGGGCACCAGCUGCAUCGCGGGCGUGCUGGUCCCCGCCAAGGACGAGCCCGGGCGCCAGGAGAAGAUGAGCAUCUACCAGGCCAUGUGGAAGGGCGUCCUGCGGCCGGGCACGGCCCUGGUGCUGCUGGAGGCGCAGGCGGCCACGGGCUUCGUCAUCGACCCCGUGCGCAACCAGAAGCUGUCCGUGGAGGAGGCGGUGGCCGCGGGCGUGGUGGGCGGCGAGCUCCAGGAGAAGCUGCUGUCGGCCGAGCGCGCGGUCACCGGCUACACCGACCCCUACACCGGGCAGCAGAUCUCCCUCUUCCAGGCCAUGAAGAAGGACCUCAUCGUGCGCGAGCACGGCAUCCGCCUGCUGGAGGCCCAGAUCGCCACGGGCGGCGUCAUCGACCCCGUGCACAGCCACCGCGUGCCCGUGGACGUGGCCUACCAGCGCGGCUACUUCGACGAGGAGAUGAACCGCGUGCUGGAGGACCCCAGCGACGACACCAAGGGCUUCUUCGACCCCAACACGCACGAGAACCUCACCUACGUGCAGCUGCUGCGGCGCUGCGUGCGCGACCCCGACACGGGGCUCUACAUGCUGCAGCUGGCCGGCCGGGGCUCCGCCCUCCACCAGCUGGGCGAGGAGCUGCGCGCCGCCCUGCGCGACACCCGCGUGACGCUGGGCGCGGGCCUCCCGCGGGGCCAGCCCGUCUCCGUGUGGGAGCUCCUCUUCUACCGGGAGGUGUCCGAGAGUCAGCGGCAGGACCUGCUGCGCCGGUACCGGGCGGGCUCGCUGACCGCGCGGGAGGUGGGCGCCGCCCUCGCCUCGCUGCUGGCCGAGGCCGAGGCUGGGGUCGCGCGGCCCGGCGCCCCGGACCCUCGGGGGGCGCUGCGUGCCGCCACCAUGGAGGUCCGGCUGGGCCGCCUGCGGGGGCCCGCGGUGCCCGUGUGGGACGUGCUGGACUCCGGCUACGUGAGCGCCGCCACGCGGGAGCAGCUGCUGGCCCAGUUCGGGUCGGGGACGCUGGGCUUGCCCGCGCUGACCCGCAGGCUGACCACCAUCAUCGAGGAGGCUGAGGCGGCCCACGGGGCCGAGCCCGCCCUCUCCCAAGGGGGCGGAGCCUCCGGGCAGCGGGCCGCCGCGGGACCGUGCCCUGGCCAGGACGCCGACGCCGCCACCGACGCCGCCAGGGCCCUGCUGGAGCAGGCCCUGCGCGCCGCCACCAUGGAGGUGCGCGUCGGGCGGUUCCAGGGCCGGCCCGUCUCCGUGUGGGAGGUCCUCUUCUCCUCCUACCUGAGCCAGGCCCGCCGGGACGAGCUGCUGGCCCAGCACGCGGCCGGCGCCCUGGCCCUGCCCGCCCUGGUCGCGGUCCUCACCCAGCUCAUCGAGGAGACGGAGGAGCGGCUGAGCAAGGUGUCCUUCCGGGGCCUGAGGCGCCAGGUGUCGGCCUCCGAGCUGCACACGUCCGGGAUCCUGGGCCCCGAGACCCUGCGGGACCUGGCCCAGGGCACCAAGACCCUGCAGGAGGUGACGGAGAUGGACUCGGUGAAGCGCUACCUGGAGGGCACCAGCUGCAUCGCGGGCGUGCUGGUCCCCGCCAAGGACGAGCCCGGGCGCCAGGAGAAGAUGAGCAUCUACCAGGCCAUGUGGAAGGGCGUCCUGCGGCCGGGCACGGCCCUGGUGCUGCUGGAGGCGCAGGCGGCCACGGGCUUCGUCAUCGACCCCGUGCGCAACCAGAAGCUGUCCGUGGAGGAGGCGGUGGCCGCGGGCGUGGUGGGCGGCGAGCUCCAGGAGAAGCUGCUGUCGGCCGAGCGCGCGGUCACCGGCUACACCGACCCCUACACCGGGCAGCAGAUCUCCCUCUUCCAGGCCAUGAAGAAGGACCUCAUCGUGCGCGAGCACGGCAUCCGCCUGCUGGAGGCCCAGAUCGCCACGGGCGGCGUCAUCGACCCCGUGCACAGCCACCGCGUGCCCGUGGACGUGGCCUACCAGCGCGGCUACUUCGACGAGGAGAUGAACCGCGUGCUGGAGGACCCCAGCGACGACACCAAGGGCUUCUUCGACCCCAACACGCACGAGAACCUCACCUACGUGCAGCUGCUGCGGCGCUGCGUGCGCGACCCCGACACGGGGCUCUACAUGCUGCAGCUGGCCGGCCGGGGCUCCGCCCUCCACCAGCUGGGCGAGGAGCUGCGCGCCGCCCUGCGCGACACCCGCGUGACGCUGGGCGCGGGCCUCCCGCGGGGCCAGCCCGUCUCCGUGUGGGAGCUCCUCUUCUACCAGGAGGUGUCCGAGAGUCAGCGGCAGGACCUGCUGCGCCGGUACCGGGCGGGCUCGCUGACCGCGCGGGAGGUGGGCGCCGCCCUCGCCUCGCUGCUGGCCGAGGCCGAGGCUGGGGUCGCGCGCCCCGGCGCCCCGGACCCUCGGGGGGCGCUGCGUGCCGCCACCAUGGAGGUCCGGCUGGGCCGCCUGCGGGGGCCCGCGGUGCCCGUGUGGGACGUGCUGGACUCCGGCUACGUGAGCGCCGCCACGCGGGAGCAGCUGCUGGCCCAGUUCGGGUCGGGGACGCUGGGCUUGCCCGCGCUGACCCGCAGGCUGACCACCAUCAUCGAGGAGGCUGAGGCGGCCCACGGGGCCGAGCCCGCCCUCUCCCAAGGGGGCGGGGCCUCCGGGCAGCGGGCCGCCGCGGGACCGUCCCCUGGCCAGGACGCCGACGCCGCCACCGACGCCGCCAGGGCCCUGCUGGAGCAGGCCCUGCGCGCCGCCACCAUGGAGGUGCGCGUCGGGCGGUUCCAGGGCCGGCCCGUCUCCGUGUGGGAGGUCCUCUUCUCCUCCUACCUGAGCCAGGCCCGCCGGGACGAGCUGCUGGCCCAGCACGCGGCCGGCGCCCUGGCCCUGCCCGCCCUGGUCGCGGUCCUCACCCAGCUCAUCGAGGAGACGGAGGAGCGGCUGAGCAAGGUGUCCUUCCGGGGCCUGAGGCGCCAGGUGUCGGCCUCCGAGCUGCACACGUCCGGGAUCCUGGGCCCCGAGACCCUGCGGGACCUGGCCCAGGGCACCAAGACCCUGCAGGAGGUGACGGAGAUGGACUCGGUGAAGCGCUACCUGGAGGGCACCAGCUGCAUCGCGGGCGUGCUGGUCCCCGCCAAGGACGAGCCCGGGCGCCAGGAGAAGAUGAGCAUCUACCAGGCCAUGUGGAAGGGCGUCCUGCGGCCGGGCACGGCCCUGGUGCUGCUGGAGGCGCAGGCGGCCACGGGCUUCGUCAUCGACCCCGUGCGCAACCAGAAGCUGUCCGUGGAGGAGGCGGUGGCCGCGGGCGUGGUGGGCGGCGAGCUCCAGGAGAAGCUGCUGUCGGCCGAGCGCGCGGUCACCGGCUACACCGACCCCUACACCGGGCAGCAGAUCUCCCUCUUCCAGGCCAUGAAGAAGGACCUCAUCGUGCGCGAGCACGGCAUCCGCCUGCUGGAGGCCCAGAUCGCCACGGGCGGCGUCAUCGACCCCGUGCACAGCCACCGCGUGCCCGUGGACGUGGCCUACCAGCGCGGCUACUUCGACGAGGAGAUGAACCGCGUGCUGGAGGACCCCAGCGACGACACCAAGGGCUUCUUCGACCCCAACACGCACGAGAACCUCACCUACGUGCAGCUGCUGCGGCGCUGCGUGCGCGACCCCGACACGGGGCUCUACAUGCUGCAGCUGGCCGGCCGGGGCUCCGCCCUCCACCAGCUGGGCGAGGAGCUGCGCGCCGCCCUGCGCGACACCCGCGUGACGCUGGGCGCGGGCCUCCCGCGGGGCCAGCCCGUCUCCGUGUGGGAGCUCCUCUUCUACCGGGAGGUGUCCGAGAGUCAGCGGCAGGACCUGCUGCGCCGGUACCGGGCGGGCUCGCUGACCGCGCGGGAGGUGGGCGCCGCCCUCGCCUCGCUGCUGGCCGAGGCCGAGGCUGGGGUCGCGCGGCCCGGCGCCCCGGACCCUCGGGGGGCGCUGCGUGCCGCCACCAUGGAGGUCCGGCUGGGCCGCCUGCGGGGGCCCGCGGUGCCCGUGUGGGACGUGCUGGACUCCGGCUACGUGAGCGCCGCCACGCGGGAGCAGCUGCUGGCCCAGUUCGGGUCGGGGACGCUGGGCUUGCCCGCGCUGACCCGCAGGCUGACCACCAUCAUCGAGGAGGCUGAGGCGGCCCACGGGGCCGAGCCCGCCCUCUCCCAAGGGGGCGGAGCCUCCGGGCAGCGGGCCGCCGCGGGACCGUGCCCUGGCCAGGACGCCGACGCCGCCACCGACGCCGCCAGGGCCCUGCUGGAGCAGGCCCUGCGCGCCGCCACCAUGGAGGUGCGCGUCGGGCGGUUCCAGGGCCGGCCCGUCUCCGUGUGGGAGGUCCUCUUCUCCUCCUACCUGAGCCAGGCCCGCCGGGACGAGCUGCUGGCCCAGCACGCGGCCGGCGCCCUGGCCCUGCCCGCCCUGGUCGCCGUCCUCACCCAGCUCAUCGAGGAGACAGAGGAGCGGCUGAGCAAGGUGUCCUUCCGGGGCCUGAGGCGCCAGGUGUCGGCCUCCGAGCUGCACACGUCCGGGAUCCUGGGCCCCGAGACCCUGCGGGACCUGGCCCAGGGCACCAAGACCCUGCAGGAGGUGACGGAGAUGGACUCGGUGAAGCGCUACCUGGAGGGCACCAGCUGCAUCGCGGGCGUGCUGGUCCCCGCCAAGGACGAGCCCGGGCGCCAGGAGAAGAUGAGCAUCUACCAGGCCAUGUGGAAGGGCGUCCUGCGGCCGGGCACGGCCCUGGUGCUGCUGGAGGCGCAGGCGGCCACGGGCUUCGUCAUCGACCCCGUGCGCAACCAGAAGCUGUCCGUGGAGGAGGCGGUGGCCGCGGGCGUGGUGGGCGGCGAGCUCCAGGAGAAGCUGCUGUCGGCCGAGCGCGCGGUCACCGGCUACACCGACCCCUACACCGGGCAGCAGAUCUCCCUCUUCCAGGCCAUGAAGAAGGACCUCAUCGUGCGCGAGCACGGCAUCCGCCUGCUGGAGGCCCAGAUCGCCACGGGCGGCGUCAUCGACCCCGUGCACAGCCACCGCGUGCCCGUGGACGUGGCCUACCAGCGCGGCUACUUCGACGAGGAGAUGAACCGCGUGCUGGAGGACCCCAGCGACGACACCAAGGGCUUCUUCGACCCCAACACGCACGAGAACCUCACCUACGUGCAGCUGCUGCGGCGCUGCGUGCGCGACCCCGACACGGGGCUCUACAUGCUGCAGCUGGCCGGCCGGGGCUCCGCCCUCCACCAGCUGGGCGAGGAGCUGCGCGCCGCCCUGCGCGACACCCGCGUGACGCUGGGCGCGGGCCUCCCGCGGGGCCAGCCCGUCUCCGUGUGGGAGCUCCUCUUCUACCGGGAGGUGUCCGAGAGUCAGCGGCAGGACCUGCUGCGCCGGUACCGGGCGGGCUCGCUGACCGCGCGGGAGGUGGGCGCCGCCCUCGCCUCGCUGCUGGCCGAGGCCGAGGCUGGGGUCGCGCGCCCCGGCGCCCCGGACCCUCGGGGGGCGCUGCGUGCCGCCACCAUGGAGGUCCGGCUGGGCCGCCUGCGGGGGCCCGCGGUGCCCGUGUGGGACGUGCUGGACUCCGGCUACGUGAGCGCCGCCACGCGGGAGCAGCUGCUGGCCCAGUUCGGGUCGGGGACGCUGGGCUUGCCCGCGCUGACCCGCAGGCUGACCACCAUCAUCGAGGAGGCUGAGGCGGCCCACGGGGCCGAGCCCGCCCUCUCCCAAGGGGGCGGGGCCUCCGGGCAGCGGGCCGCCGCGGGACCGUCCCCUGGCCAGGACGCCGACGCCGCCACCGACGCCGCCAGGGCCCUGCUGGAGCAGGCCCUGCGCGCCGCCACCAUGGAGGUGCGCGUCGGGCGGUUCCAGGGCCGGCCCGUCUCCGUGUGGGAGGUCCUCUUCUCCUCCUACCUGAGCCAGGCCCGCCGGGACGAGCUGCUGGCCCAGCACGCGGCCGGCGCCCUGGCCCUGCCCGCCCUGGUCGCCGUCCUCACCCAGCUCAUCGAGGAGACGGAGGAGCGGCUGAGCAAGGUGUCCUUCCGGGGCCUGAGGCGCCAGGUGUCGGCCUCCGAGCUGCACACGUCCGGGAUCCUGGGCCCCGAGACCCUGCGGGACCUGGCCCAGGGCACCAAGACCCUGCAGGAGGUGACGGAGAUGGACUCGGUGAAGCGCUACCUGGAGGGCACCAGCUGCAUCGCGGGCGUGCUGGUCCCCGCCAAGGACGAGCCCGGGCGCCAGGAGAAGAUGAGCAUCUACCAGGCCAUGUGGAAGGGCGUCCUGCGGCCGGGCACGGCCCUGGUGCUGCUGGAGGCGCAGGCGGCCACGGGCUUCGUCAUCGACCCCGUGCGCAACCAGAAGCUGUCCGUGGAGGAGGCGGUGGCCGCGGGCGUGGUGGGCGGCGAGCUCCAGGAGAAGCUGCUGUCGGCCGAGCGCGCGGUCACCGGCUACACCGACCCCUACACCGGGCAGCAGAUCUCCCUCUUCCAGGCCAUGAAGAAGGACCUCAUCGUGCGCGAGCACGGCAUCCGCCUGCUGGAGGCCCAGAUCGCCACGGGCGGCGUCAUCGACCCCGUGCACAGCCACCGCGUGCCCGUGGACGUGGCCUACCAGCGCGGCUACUUCGACGAGGAGAUGAACCGCGUGCUGGAGGACCCCAGCGACGACACCAAGGGCUUCUUCGACCCCAACACGCACGAGAACCUCACCUACGUGCAGCUGCUGCGGCGCUGCGUGCGCGACCCCGACACGGGGCUCUACAUGCUGCAGCUGGCCGGCCGGGGCUCCGCCCUCCACCAGCUGGGCGAGGAGCUGCGCGCCGCCCUGCGCGACACCCGCGUGACGCUGGGCGCGGGCCUCCCGCGGGGCCAGCCCGUCUCCGUGUGGGAGCUCCUCUUCUACCGGGAGGUGUCCGAGAGUCAGCGGCAGGACCUGCUGCGCCGGUACCGGGCGGGCUCGCUGACCGCGCGGGAGGUGGGCGCCGCCCUCGCCUCGCUGCUGGCCGAGGCCGAGGCUGGGGUCGCGCGGCCCGGCGCCCCGGACCCUCGGGGGGCGCUGCGUGCCGCCACCAUGGAGGUCCGGCUGGGCCGCCUGCGGGGGCCCGCGGUGCCCGUGUGGGACGUGCUGGACUCCGGCUACGUGAGCGCCGCCACGCGGGAGCAGCUGCUGGCCCAGUUCGGGUCGGGGACGCUGGGCUUGCCCGCGCUGACCCGCAGGCUGACCACCAUCAUCGAGGAGGCUGAGGCGGCCCACGGGGCCGAGCCCGCCCUCUCCCAAGGGGGCGGAGCCUCCGGGCAGCGGGCCGCCGCGGGACCGUGCCCUGGCCAGGACGCCGACGCCGCCACCGACGCCGCCAGGGCCCUGCUGGAGCAGGCCCUGCGCGCCGCCACCAUGGAGGUGCGCGUCGGGCGGUUCCAGGGCCGGCCCGUCUCCGUGUGGGAGGUCCUCUUCUCCUCCUACCUGAGCCAGGCCCGCCGGGACGAGCUGCUGGCCCAGCACGCGGCCGGCGCCCUGGCCCUGCCCGCCCUGGUCGCCGUCCUCACCCAGCUCAUCGAGGAGACGGAGGAGCGGCUGAGCAAGGUGUCCUUCCGGGGCCUGAGGCGCCAGGUGUCGGCCUCCGAGCUGCACACGUCCGGGAUCCUGGGCCCCGAGACCCUGCGGGACCUGGCCCAGGGCACCAAGACCCUGCAGGAGGUGACGGAGAUGGACUCGGUGAAGCGCUACCUGGAGGGCACCAGCUGCAUCGCGGGCGUGCUGGUCCCCGCCAAGGACGAGCCCGGGCGCCAGGAGAAGAUGAGCAUCUACCAGGCCAUGUGGAAGGGCGUCCUGCGGCCGGGCACGGCCCUGGUGCUGCUGGAGGCGCAGGCGGCCACGGGCUUCGUCAUCGACCCCGUGCGCAACCAGAAGCUGUCCGUGGAGGAGGCGGUGGCCGCGGGCGUGGUGGGCGGCGAGCUCCAGGAGAAGCUGCUGUCGGCCGAGCGCGCGGUCACCGGCUACACCGACCCCUACACCGGGCAGCAGAUCUCCCUCUUCCAGGCCAUGAAGAAGGACCUCAUCGUGCGCGAGCACGGCAUCCGCCUGCUGGAGGCCCAGAUCGCCACGGGCGGCGUCAUCGACCCCGUGCACAGCCACCGCGUGCCCGUGGACGUGGCCUACCAGCGCGGCUACUUCGACGAGGAGAUGAACCGCGUGCUGGAGGACCCCAGCGACGACACCAAGGGCUUCUUCGACCCCAACACGCACGAGAACCUCACCUACGUGCAGCUGCUGCGGCGCUGCGUGCGCGACCCCGACACGGGGCUCUACAUGCUGCAGCUGGCCGGCCGGGGCUCCGCCCUCCACCAGCUGGGCGAGGAGCUGCGCGCCGCCCUGCGCGACACCCGCGUGACGCUGGGCGCGGGCCUCCCGCGGGGCCAGCCCGUCUCCGUGUGGGAGCUCCUCUUCUACCGGGAGGUGUCCGAGAGUCAGCGGCAGGACCUGCUGCGCCGGUACCGGGCGGGCUCGCUGACCGCGCGGGAGGUGGGCGCCGCCCUCGCCUCGCUGCUGGCCGAGGCCGAGGCUGGGGUCGCGCGCCCCGGCGCCCCGGACCCUCGGGGGGCGCUGCGUGCCGCCACCAUGGAGGUCCGGCUGGGCCGCCUGCGGGGGCCCGCGGUGCCCGUGUGGGACGUGCUGGACUCCGGCUACGUGAGCGCCGCCACGCGGGAGCAGCUGCUGGCCCAGUUCGGGUCGGGGACGCUGGGCUUGCCCGCGCUGACCCGCAGGCUGACCACCAUCAUCGAGGAGGCUGAGGCGGCCCACGGGGCCGAGCCCGCCCUCUCCCAAGGGGGCGGGGCCUCCGGGCAGCGGGCCACCGCGGGACCGUCCCCUGGCCAGGACGCCGACGCCGCCACCGACGCCGCCAGGGCCCUGCUGGAGCAGGCCCUGCGCGCCGCCACCAUGGAGGUGCGCGUCGGGCGGUUCCAGGGCCGGCCCGUCUCCGUGUGGGAGGUCCUCUUCUCCUCCUACCUGAGCCAGGCCCGCCGGGACGAGCUGCUGGCCCAGCACGCGGCCGGCGCCCUGGCCCUGCCCGCCCUGGUCGCCGUCCUCACCCAGCUCAUCGAGGAGACGGAGGAGCGGCUGAGCAAGGUGUCCUUCCGGGGCCUGAGGCGCCAGGUGUCGGCCUCCGAGCUGCACACGUCCGGGAUCCUGGGCCCCGAGACCCUGCGGGACCUGGCCCAGGGCACCAAGACCCUGCAGGAGGUGACGGAGAUGGACUCGGUGAAGCGCUACCUGGAGGGCACCAGCUGCAUCGCGGGCGUGCUGGUCCCCGCCAAGGACGAGCCCGGGCGCCAGGAGAAGAUGAGCAUCUACCAGGCCAUGUGGAAGGGCGUCCUGCGGCCGGGCACGGCCCUGGUGCUGCUGGAGGCGCAGGCGGCCACGGGCUUCGUCAUCGACCCCGUGCGCAACCAGAAGCUGUCCGUGGAGGAGGCGGUGGCCGCGGGCGUGGUGGGCGGCGAGCUCCAGGAGAAGCUGCUGUCGGCCGAGCGCGCGGUCACCGGCUACACCGACCCCUACACCGGGCAGCAGAUCUCCCUCUUCCAGGCCAUGAAGAAGGACCUCAUCGUGCGCGAGCACGGCAUCCGCCUGCUGGAGGCCCAGAUCGCCACGGGCGGCGUCAUCGACCCCGUGCACAGCCACCGCGUGCCCGUGGACGUGGCCUACCAGCGCGGCUACUUCGACGAGGAGAUGAACCGCGUGCUGGAGGACCCCAGCGACGACACCAAGGGCUUCUUCGACCCCAACACGCACGAGAACCUCACCUACGUGCAGCUGCUGCGGCGCUGCGUGCGCGACCCCGACACGGGGCUCUACAUGCUGCAGCUGGCCGGCCGGGGCUCCGCCCUCCACCAGCUGGGCGAGGAGCUGCGCGCCGCCCUGCGCGACACCCGCGUGACGCUGGGCGCGGGCCUCCCGCGGGGCCAGCCCGUCUCCGUGUGGGAGCUCCUCUUCUACCGGGAGGUGUCCGAGAGUCAGCGGCAGGACCUGCUGCGCCGGUACCGGGCGGGCUCGCUGACCGCGCGGGAGGUGGGCGCCGCCCUCGCCUCGCUGCUGGCCGAGGCCGAGGCUGGGGUCGCGCGGCCCGGCGCCCCGGACCCUCGGGGGGCGCUGCGUGCCGCCACCAUGGAGGUCCGGCUGGGCCGCCUGCGGGGGCCCGCGGUGCCCGUGUGGGACGUGCUGGACUCCGGCUACGUGAGCGCCGCCACGCGGGAGCAGCUGCUGGCCCAGUUCGGGUCGGGGACGCUGGGCUUGCCCGCGCUGACCCGCAGGCUGACCACCAUCAUCGAGGAGGCUGAGGCGGCCCACGGGGCCGAGCCCGCCCUCUCCCAAGGGGGCGGAGCCUCCGGGCAGCGGGCCGCCGCGGGACCGUGCCCUGGCCAGGACGCCGACGCCGCCACCGACGCCGCCAGGGCCCUGCUGGAGCAGGCCCUGCGCGCCGCCACCAUGGAGGUGCGCGUCGGGCGGUUCCAGGGCCGGCCCGUCUCCGUGUGGGAGGUCCUCUUCUCCUCCUACCUGAGCCAGGCCCGCCGGGACGAGCUGCUGGCCCAGCACGCGGCCGGCGCCCUGGCCCUGCCCGCCCUGGUCGCCGUCCUCACCCAGCUCAUCGAGGAGACGGAGGAGCGGCUGAGCAAGGUGUCCUUCCGGGGCCUGAGGCGCCAGGUGUCGGCCUCCGAGCUGCACACGUCCGGGAUCCUGGGCCCCGAGACCCUGCGGGACCUGGCCCAGGGCACCAAGACCCUGCAGGAGGUGACGGAGAUGGACUCGGUGAAGCGCUACCUGGAGGGCACCAGCUGCAUCGCGGGCGUGCUGGUCCCCGCCAAGGACGAGCCCGGGCGCCAGGAGAAGAUGAGCAUCUACCAGGCCAUGUGGAAGGGCGUCCUGCGGCCGGGCACGGCCCUGGUGCUGCUGGAGGCGCAGGCGGCCACGGGCUUCGUCAUCGACCCCGUGCGCAACCAGAAGCUGUCCGUGGAGGAGGCGGUGGCCGCGGGCGUGGUGGGCGGCGAGCUCCAGGAGAAGCUGCUGUCGGCCGAGCGCGCGGUCACCGGCUACACCGACCCCUACACCGGGCAGCAGAUCUCCCUCUUCCAGGCCAUGAAGAAGGACCUCAUCGUGCGCGAGCACGGCAUCCGCCUGCUGGAGGCCCAGAUCGCCACGGGCGGCGUCAUCGACCCCGUGCACAGCCACCGCGUGCCCGUGGACGUGGCCUACCAGCGCGGCUACUUCGACGAGGAGAUGAACCGCGUGCUGGAGGACCCCAGCGACGACACCAAGGGCUUCUUCGACCCCAACACGCACGAGAACCUCACCUACGUGCAGCUGCUGCGGCGCUGCGUGCGCGACCCCGACACGGGGCUCUACAUGCUGCAGCUGGCCGGCCGGGGCUCCGCCCUCCACCAGCUGGGCGAGGAGCUGCGCGCCGCCCUGCGCGACACCCGCGUGACGCUGGCGCGGGCCUCCCGCGGGGCCAGCCCGUCUCCGUGUGGGAGCUCCUCUUCUACCGGGAGGUGUCCGAGAGUCAGCGGCAGGACCUGCUGCGCCGGUACCGGGCGGGCCUCGCUGACCGCGCGGGAGGUGGGCGCCGCCCUCGCCUCGCUGCUGGCCGAGGCCGAGGUCCGGCUGGGCCGCCUGCGGGGGCCCGCGGUGCCCGUGUGGGACGUGCUGGACUCCGGCUACGUGAGCGCCGCCACGCGGGAGCAGCUGCUGGCCCAGUUCGGGUCGGGGACGCUGGGCUUGCCCGCGCUGACCCGCAGGCUGACCACCAUCAUCGAGGAGGCUGAGGCGGCCCAUGGGGCCGAGCCCGCCCUCUCCCAAGGGGGCGGGGCCUCCGGGCAGCGGGCCGCCGCGGGACCGUCCCCUGGCCAGGACGCCGACGCCGCCACCGACGCCGCCAGGGCCCUGCUGGAGCAGGCCCUGCGCGCCGCCACCAUGGAGGUGCGCGUCGGGCGGUUCCAGGGCCGGCCCGUCUCCGUGUGGGAGGUCCUCUUCUCCUCCUACCUGAGCCAGGCCCGCCGGGACGAGCUGCUGGCCCAGCACGCGGCCGGCGCCCUGGCCCUGCCCGCCCUGGUCGCCGUCCUCACCCAGCUCAUCGAGGAGACGGAGGAGCGGCUGAGCAAGGUGUCCUUCCGGGGCCUGAGGCGCCAGGUGUCGGCCUCCGAGCUGCACACGUCCGGGAUCCUGGGCCCCGAGACCCUGCGGGACCUGGCCCAGGGCACCAAGACCCUGCAGGAGGUGACGGAGAUGGACUCGGUGAAGCGCUACCUGGAGGGCACCAGCUGCAUCGCGGGCGUGCUGGUCCCCGCCAAGGACGAGCCCGGGCGCCAGGAGAAGAUGAGCAUCUACCAGGCCAUGUGGAAGGGCGUCCUGCGGCCGGGCACGGCCCUGGUGCUGCUGGAGGCGCAGGCGGCCACGGGCUUCGUCAUCGACCCCGUGCGCAACCAGAAGCUGUCCGUGGAGGAGGCGGUGGCCGCGGGCGUGGUGGGCGGCGAGCUCCAGGAGAAGCUGCUGUCGGCCGAGCGCGCGGUCACCGGCUACACCGACCCCUACACCGGGCAGCAGAUCUCCCUCUUCCAGGCCAUGAAGAAGGACCUCAUCGUGCGCGAGCACGGCAUCCGCCUGCUGGAGGCCCAGAUCGCCACGGGCGGCGUCAUCGACCCCGUGCACAGCCACCGCGUGCCCGUGGACGUGGCCUACCAGCGCGGCUACUUCGACGAGGAGAUGAACCGCGUGCUGGAGGACCCCAGCGACGACACCAAGGGCUUCUUCGACCCCAACACGCACGAGAACCUCACCUACGUGCAGCUGCUGCGGCGCUGCGUGCGCGACCCCGACACGGGGCUCUACAUGCUGCAGCUGGCCGGCCGGGGCUCCGCCCUCCACCAGCUGGGCGAGGAGCUGCGCGCCGCCCUGCGCGACACCCGCGUGACGCUGGGCGCGGGCCUCCCGCGGGGCCAGCCCGUCUCCGUGUGGGAGCUCCUCUUCUACCGGGAGGUGGGCGCCGCCCUCGCCUCGCUGCUGGCCGAGGCCGAGGCUGGGGUCGCGCGGCCCGGCGCCCCGGACCCUCGGGGGGCGCUGCGUGCCGCCACCAUGGAGGUCCGGCUGGGCCGCCUGCGGGGGCCCGCGGUGCCCGUGUGGGACGUGCUGGACUCCGGCUACGUGAGCGCCGCCACGCGGGAGCAGCUGCUGGCCCAGUUCGGGUCGGGGACGCUGGGCUUGCCCGCGCUGACCCGCAGGCUGACCACCAUCAUCGAGGAGGCUGAGGCGGCCCACGGGGCCGAGCCCGCCCUCUCCCAAGGGGGCGGGGCCUCCGGGCAGCGGGCCGCCGCGGGACCGUGCCCUGGCCAGGACGCCGACGCCGCCACCGACGCCGCCAGGGCCCUGCUGGAGCAGGCCCUGCGCGCCGCCACCAUGGAGGUGCGCGUCGGGCGGUUCCAGGGCCGGCCCGUCUCCGUGUGGGAGGUCCUCUUCUCCUCCUACCUGAGCCAGGCCCGCCGGGACGAGCUGCUGGCCCAGCACGCGGCCGGCGCCCUGGCCCUGCCCGCCCUGGUCGCCGUCCUCACCCAGCUCAUCGAGGAGACGGAGGAGCGGCUGAGCAAGGUGUCCUUCCGGGGCCUGAGGCGCCAGGUGUCGGCCUCCGAGCUGCACACGUCCGGGAUCCUGGGCCCCGAGACCCUGCAGGACCUGGCCCAGGGCACCAAGACCCUGCAGGAGGUGACGGAGAUGGACUCGGUGAAGCGCUACCUGGAGGGCACCAGCUGCAUCGCGGGCGUGCUGGUCCCCGCCAAGGACGAGCCCGGGCGCCAGGAGAAGAUGAGCAUCUACCAGGCCAUGUGGAAGGGCGUCCUGCGGCCGGGCACGGCCCUGGUGCUGCUGGAGGCGCAGGCAGCCACGGGCUUCGUCAUCGACCCCGUGCGCAACCAGAAGCUGUCCGUGGAGGAGGCGGUGGCCGCGGGCGUGGUGGGCGGCGAGCUCCAGGAGAAGCUGCUGUCGGCCGAGCGCGCGGUCACCGGCUACACCGACCCCUACACCGGGCAGCAGAUCUCCCUCUUCCAGGCCAUGAAGAAGGACCUCAUCGUGCGCGAGCACGGCAUCCGCCUGCUGGAGGCCCAGAUCGCCACGGGCGGCGUCAUCGACCCCGUGCACAGCCACCGCGUGCCCGUGGACGUGGCCUACCAGCGCGGCUACUUCGACGAGGAGAUGAACCGCGUGCUGGAGGACCCCAGCGACGACACCAAGGGCUUCUUCGACCCCAACACGCACGAGAACCUCACCUACGUGCAGCUGCUGCGGCGCUGCGUGCGCGACCCCGACACGGGGCUCUACAUGCUGCAGCUGGCCGGCCGGGGCUCCGCCCUCCACCAGCUGGGCGAGGAGCUGCGCGCCGCCCUGCGCGACACCCGCGUGACGCUGGGCGCGGGCCUCCCGCGGGGCCAGCCCGUCUCCGUGUGGGAGCUCCUCUUCUACCGGGAGGUGUCCGAGAGUCAGCGGCAGGACCUGCUGCGCCGGUACCGGGCGGGCUCGCUGACCGCGCGGGAGGUGGGCGCCGCCCUCGCCUCGCUGCUGGCCGAGGCCGAGGCUGGGGUCGCGCGGCCCGGCGCCCCGGACCCUCGGGGGGCGCUGCGUGCCGCCACCAUGGAGGUCCGGCUGGGCCGCCUGCGGGGGCCCGCGGUGCCCGUGUGGGACGUGCUGGACUCCGGCUACGUGAGCGCCGCCACGCGGGAGCAGCUGCUGGCCCAGUUCGGGUCGGGGACGCUGGGCUUGCCCGCGCUGACCCGCAGGCUGACCACCAUCAUCGAGGAGGCUGAGGCGGCCCACGGGGCCGAGCCCGCCCUCUCCCAAGGGGGCGGGGCCUCCGGGCAGCGGGCCGCCGCGGGACCGUCCCCUGGCCAGGACGCCGACGCCGCCACCGACGCCGCCAGGGCCCUGCUGGAGCAGGCCCUGCGCGCCGCCACCAUGGAGGUGCGCGUCGGGCGGUUCCAGGGCCGGCCCGUCUCCGUGUGGGAGGUCCUCUUCUCCUCCUACCUGAGCCAGGCCCGCCGGGACGAGCUGCUGGCCCAGCACGCGGCCGGCGCCCUGGCCCUGCCCGCCCUGGUCGCCGUCCUCACCCAGCUCAUCGAGGAGACGGAGGAGCGGCUGAGCAAGGUGUCCUUCCGGGGCCUGAGGCGCCAGGUGUCGGCCUCCGAGCUGCACACGUCCGGGAUCCUGGGCCCCGAGACCCUGCGGGACCUGGCCCAGGGCACCAAGACCCUGCAGGAGGUGACGGAGAUGGACUCGGUGAAGCGCUACCUGGAGGGCACCAGCUGCAUCGCGGGCGUGCUGGUCCCCGCCAAGGACGAGCCCGGGCGCCAGGAGAAGAUGAGCAUCUACCAGGCCAUGUGGAAGGGCGUCCUGCGGCCGGGCACGGCCCUGGUGCUGCUGGAGGCGCAGGCGGCCACGGGCUUCGUCAUCGACCCCGUGCGCAACCAGAAGCUGUCCGUGGAGGAGGCGGUGGCCGCGGGCGUGGUGGGCGGCGAGCUCCAGGAGAAGCUGCUGUCGGCCGAGCGCGCGGUCACCGGCUACACCGACCCCUACACCGGGCAGCAGAUCUCCCUCUUCCAGGCCAUGAAGAAGGACCUCAUCGUGCGCGAGCACGGCAUCCGCCUGCUGGAGGCCCAGAUCGCCACGGGCGGCGUCAUCGACCCCGUGCACAGCCACCGCGUGCCCGUGGACGUGGCCUACCAGCGCGGCUACUUCGACGAGGAGAUGAACCGCGUGCUGGAGGACCCCAGCGACGACACCAAGGGCUUCUUCGACCCCAACACGCACGAGAACCUCACCUACGUGCAGCUGCUGCGGCGCUGCGUGCGCGACCCCGACACGGGGCUCUACAUGCUGCAGCUGGCCGGCCGGGGCUCCGCCCUCCACCAGCUGGGCGAGGAGCUGCGCGCCGCCCUGCGCGACACCCGCGUGACGCUGGGCGCGGGCCUCCCGCGGGGCCAGCCCGUCUCCGUGUGGGAGCUCCUCUUCUACCGGGAGGUGUCCGAGAGUCAGCGGCAGGACCUGCUGCGCCGGUACCGGGCGGGCUCGCUGACCGCGCGGGAGGUGGGCGCCGCCCUCGCCUCGCUGCUGGCCGAGGCCGAGGCUGGGGUCGCGCGCCCCGGCGCCCCGGACCCUCGGGGGGCGCUGCGUGCCGCCACCAUGGAGGUCCGGCUGGGCCGCCUGCGGGGGCCCGCGGUGCCCGUGUGGGACGUGCUGGACUCCGGCUACGUGAGCGCCGCCACGCGGGAGCAGCUGCUGGCCCAGUUCGGGUCGGGGACGCUGGGCUUGCCCGCGCUGACCCGCAGGCUGACCACCAUCAUCGAGGAGGCUGAGGCGGCCCACGGGGCCGAGCCCGCCCUCUCCCAAGGGGGCGGAGCCUCCGGGCAGCGGGCCGCCGCGGGACCGUGCCCUGGCCAGGACGCCGACGCCGCCACCGACGCCGCCAGGGCCCUGCUGGAGCAGGCCCUGCGCGCCGCCACCAUGGAGGUGCGCGUCGGGCGGUUCCAGGGCCGGCCCGUCUCCGUGUGGGAGGUCCUCUUCUCCUCCUACCUGAGCCAGGCCCGCCGGGACGAGCUGCUGGCCCAGCACGCGGCCGGCGCCCUGGCCCUGCCCGCCCUGGUCGCGGUCCUCACCCAGCUCAUCGAGGAGACGGAGGAGCGGCUGAGCAAGGUGUCCUUCCGGGGCCUGAGGCGCCAGGUGUCGGCCUCCGAGCUGCACACGUCCGGGAUCCUGGGCCCCGAGACCCUGCGGGACCUGGCCCAGGGCACCAAGACCCUGCAGGAGGUGACGGAGAUGGACUCGGUGAAGCGCUACCUGGAGGGCACCAGCUGCAUCGCGGGCGUGCUGGUCCCCGCCAAGGACGAGCCCGGGCGCCAGGAGAAGAUGAGCAUCUACCAGGCCAUGUGGAAGGGCGUCCUGCGGCCGGGCACGGCCCUGGUGCUGCUGGAGGCGCAGGCGGCCACGGGCUUCGUCAUCGACCCCGUGCGCAACCAGAAGCUGUCCGUGGAGGAGGCGGUGGCCGCGGGCGUGGUGGGCGGCGAGCUCCAGGAGAAGCUGCUGUCGGCCGAGCGCGCGGUCACCGGCUACACCGACCCCUACACCGGGCAGCAGAUCUCCCUCUUCCAGGCCAUGAAGAAGGACCUCAUCGUGCGCGAGCACGGCAUCCGCCUGCUGGAGGCCCAGAUCGCCACGGGCGGCGUCAUCGACCCCGUGCACAGCCACCGCGUGCCCGUGGACGUGGCCUACCAGCGCGGCUACUUCGACGAGGAGAUGAACCGCGUGCUGGAGGACCCCAGCGACGACACCAAGGGCUUCUUCGACCCCAACACGCACGAGAACCUCACCUACGUGCAGCUGCUGCGGCGCUGCGUGCGCGACCCCGACACGGGGCUCUACAUGCUGCAGCUGGCCGGCCGGGGCUCCGCCCUCCACCAGCUGGGCGAGGAGCUGCGCGCCGCCCUGCGCGACACCCGCGUGACGCUGGGCGCGGGCCUCCCGCGGGGCCAGCCCGUCUCCGUGUGGGAGCUCCUCUUCUACCGGGAGGUGUCCGAGAGUCAGCGGCAGGACCUGCUGCGCCGGUACCGGGCGGGCUCGCUGACCGCGCGGGAGGUGGGCGCCGCCCUCGCCUCGCUGCUGGCCGAGGCCGAGGCUGGGGUCGCGCGGCCCGGCGCCCCGGACCCUCGGGGGGCGCUGCGUGCCGCCACCAUGGAGGUCCGGCUGGGCCGCCUGCGGGGGCCCGCGGUGCCCGUGUGGGACGUGCUGGACUCCGGCUACGUGAGCGCCGCCACGCGGGAGCAGCUGCUGGCCCAGUUCGGGUCGGGGACGCUGGGCUUGCCCGCGCUGACCCGCAGGCUGACCACCAUCAUCGAGGAGGCUGAGGCGGCCCACGGGGCCGAGCCCGCCCUCUCCCAAGGGGGCGGAGCCUCCGGGCAGCGGGCCGCCGCGGGACCGUGCCCUGGCCAGGACGCCGACGCCGCCACCGACGCCGCCAGGGCCCUGCUGGAGCAGGCCCUGCGCGCCGCCACCAUGGAGGUGCGCGUCGGGCGGUUCCAGGGCCGGCCCGUCUCCGUGUGGGAGGUCCUCUUCUCCUCCUACCUGAGCCAGGCCCGCCGGGACGAGCUGCUGGCCCAGCACGCGGCCGGCGCCCUGGCCCUGCCCGCCCUGGUCGCCGUCCUCACCCAGCUCAUCGAGGAGACGGAGGAGCGGCUGAGCAAGGUGUCCUUCCGGGGCCUGAGGCGCCAGGUGUCGGCCUCCGAGCUGCACACGUCCGGGAUCCUGGGCCCCGAGACCCUGCGGGACCUGGCCCAGGGCACCAAGACCCUGCAGGAGGUGACGGAGAUGGACUCGGUGAAGCGCUACCUGGAGGGCACCAGCUGCAUCGCGGGCGUGCUGGUCCCCGCCAAGGACGAGCCCGGGCGCCAGGAGAAGAUGAGCAUCUACCAGGCCAUGUGGAAGGGCGUCCUGCGGCCGGGCACGGCCCUGGUGCUGCUGGAGGCGCAGGCGGCCACGGGCUUCGUCAUCGACCCCGUGCGCAACCAGAAGCUGUCCGUGGAGGAGGCGGUGGCCGCGGGCGUGGUGGGCGGCGAGCUCCAGGAGAAGCUGCUGUCGGCCGAGCGCGCGGUCACCGGCUACACCGACCCCUACACCGGGCAGCAGAUCUCCCUCUUCCAGGCCAUGAAGAAGGACCUCAUCGUGCGCGAGCACGGCAUCCGCCUGCUGGAGGCCCAGAUCGCCACGGGCGGCGUCAUCGACCCCGUGCACAGCCACCGCGUGCCCGUGGACGUGGCCUACCAGCGCGGCUACUUCGACGAGGAGAUGAACCGCGUGCUGGAGGACCCCAGCGACGACACCAAGGGCUUCUUCGACCCCAACACGCACGAGAACCUCACCUACGUGCAGCUGCUGCGGCGCUGCGUGCGCGACCCCGACACGGGGCUCUACAUGCUGCAGCUGGCCGGCCGGGGCUCCGCCCUCCACCAGCUGGGCGAGGAGCUGCGCGCCGCCCUGCGCGACACCCGCGUGACGCUGGGCGCGGGCCUCCCGCGGGGCCAGCCCGUCUCCGUGUGGGAGCUCCUCUUCUACCGGGAGGUGUCCGAGAGUCAGCGGCAGGACCUGCUGCGCCGGUACCGGGCGGGCUCGCUGACCGCGCGGGAGGUGGGCGCCGCCCUCGCCUCGCUGCUGGCCGAGGCCGAGGCUGGGGUCGCGCGCCCCGGCGCCCCGGACCCUCGGGGGGCGCUGCGUGCCGCCACCAUGGAGGUCCGGCUGGGCCGCCUGCGGGGGCCCGCGGUGCCCGUGUGGGACGUGCUGGACUCCGGCUACGUGAGCGCCGCCACGCGGGAGCAGCUGCUGGCCCAGUUCGGGUCGGGGACGCUGGGCUUGCCCGCGCUGACCUGCAGGCUGACCACCAUCAUCGAGGAGGCUGAGGCGGCCCACGGGGCCGAGCCCGCCCUCUCCCAAGGGGGCGGGGCCUCCGGGCAGCGGGCCGCCGCGGGACCGUCCCCUGGCCAGGACGCCGACGCCGCCACCGACGCCGCCAGGGCCCUGCUGGAGCAGGCCCUGCGCGCCGCCACCAUGGAGGUGCGCGUCGGGCGGUUCCAGGGCCGGCCCGUCUCCGUGUGGGAGGUCCUCUUCUCCUCCUACCUGAGCCAGGCCCGCCGGGACGAGCUGCUGGCCCAGCACGCGGCCGGCGCCCUGGCCCUGCCCGCCCUGGUCGCCGUCCUCACCCAGCUCAUCGAGGAGACGGAGGAGCGGCUGAGCAAGGUGUCCUUCCGGGGCCUGAGGCGCCAGGUGUCGGCCUCCGAGCUGCACACGUCCGGGAUCCUGGGCCCCGAGACCCUGCGGGACCUGGCCCAGGGCACCAAGACCCUGCAGGAGGUGACGGAGAUGGACUCGGUGAAGCGCUACCUGGAGGGCACCAGCUGCAUCGCGGGCGUGCUGGUCCCCGCCAAGGACGAGCCCGGGCGCCAGGAGAAGAUGAGCAUCUACCAGGCCAUGUGGAAGGGCGUCCUGCGGCCGGGCACGGCCCUGGUGCUGCUGGAGGCGCAGGCGGCCACGGGCUUCGUCAUCGACCCCGUGCGCAACCAGAAGCUGUCCGUAGAGGAGGCGGUGGCCGCGGGCGUGGUGGGCGGCGAGCUCCAGGAGAAGCUGCUGUCGGCCGAGCGCGCGGUCACCGGCUACACCGACCCCUACACCGGGCAGCAGAUCUCCCUCUUCCAGGCCAUGAAGAAGGACCUCAUCGUGCGCGAGCACGGCAUCCGCCUGCUGGAGGCCCAGAUCGCCACGGGCGGCGUCAUCGACCCCGUGCACAGCCACCGCGUGCCCGUGGACGUGGCCUACCAGCGCGGCUACUUCGACGAGGAGAUGAACCGCGUGCUGGAGGACCCCAGCGACGACACCAAGGGCUUCUUCGACCCCAACACGCACGAGAACCUCACCUACGUGCAGCUGCUGCGGCGCUGCGUGCGCGACCCCGACACGGGGCUCUACAUGCUGCAGCUGGCCGGCCGGGGCUCCGCCCUCCACCAGCUGGGCGAGGAGCUGCGCGCCGCCCUGCGCGACACCCGCGUGACGCUGGGCGCGGGCCUCCCGCGGGGCCAGCCCGUCUCCGUGUGGGAGCUCCUCUUCUACCGGGAGGUGUCCGAGAGUCAGCGGCAGGACCUGCUGCGCCGGUACCGGGCGGGCUCGCUGACCGCGCGGGAGGUGGGCGCCGCCCUCGCCUCGCUGCUGGCCGAGGCCGAGGCUGGGGUCGCGCGCCCCGGCGCCCCGGACCCUCGGGGGGCGCUGCGUGCCGCCACCAUGGAGGUCCGGCUGGGCCGCCUGCGGGGGCCCGCGGUGCCCGUGUGGGACGUGCUGGACUCCGGCUACGUGAGCGCCGCCACGCGGGAGCAGCUGCUGGCCCAGUUCGGGUCGGGGACGCUGGGCUUGCCCGCGCUGACCCGCAGGCUGACCACCAUCAUCGAGGAGGCUGAGGCGGCCCACGGGGCCGAGCCCGCCCUCUCCCAAGGGGGCGGGGCCUCCGGGCAGCGGGCCGCCGCGGGACCGUCCCCUGGCCAGGACGCCGACGCCGCCACCGACGCCGCCAGGGCCCUGCUGGAGCAGGCCCUGCGCGCCGCCACCAUGGAGGUGCGCGUCGGGCGGUUCCAGGGCCGGCCCGUCUCCGUGUGGGAGGUCCUCUUCUCCUCCUACCUGAGCCAGGCCCGCCGGGACGAGCUGCUGGCCCAGCACGCGGCCGGCGCCCUGGCCCUGCCCGCCCUGGUCGCCGUCCUCACCCAGCUCAUCGAGGAGACGGAGGAGCGGCUGAGCAAGGUGUCCUUCCGGGGCCUGAGGCGCCAGGUGUCGGCCUCCGAGCUGCACACGUCCGGGAUCCUGGGCCCCGAGACCCUGCGGGACCUGGCCCAGGGCACCAAGACCCUGCAGGAGGUGACGGAGAUGGACUCGGUGAAGCGCUACCUGGAGGGCACCAGCUGCAUCGCGGGCGUGCUGGUCCCCGCCAAGGACGAGCCCGGGCGCCAGGAGAAGAUGAGCAUCUACCAGGCCAUGUGGAAGGGCGUCCUGCGGCCGGGCACGGCCCUGGUGCUGCUGGAGGCGCAGGCGGCCACGGGCUUCGUCAUCGACCCCGUGCGCAACCAGAAGCUGUCCGUGGAGGAGGCGGUGGCCGCGGGCGUGGUGGGCGGCGAGCUCCAGGAGAAGCUGCUGUCGGCCGAGCGCGCGGUCACCGGCUACACCGACCCCUACACCGGGCAGCAGAUCUCCCUCUUCCAGGCCAUGAAGAAGGACCUCAUCGUGCGCGAGCACGGCAUCCGCCUGCUGGAGGCCCAGAUCGCCACGGGCGGCGUCAUCGACCCCGUGCACAGCCACCGCGUGCCCGUGGACGUGGCCUACCAGCGCGGCUACUUCGACGAGGAGAUGAACCGCGUGCUGGAGGACCCCAGCGACGACACCAAGGGCUUCUUCGACCCCAACACGCACGAGAACCUCACCUACGUGCAGCUGCUGCGGCGCUGCGUGCGCGACCCCGACACGGGGCUCUACAUGCUGCAGCUGGCCGGCCGGGGCUCCGCCCUCCACCAGCUGGGCGAGGAGCUGCGCGCCGCCCUGCGCGACACCCGCGUGACGCUGGGCGCGGGCCUCCCGCGGGGCCAGCCCGUCUCCGUGUGGGAGCUCCUCUUCUACCGGGAGGUGUCCGAGAGUCAGCGGCAGGACCUGCUGCGCCGGUACCGGGCGGGCUCGCUGACCGCGCGGGAGGUGGGCGCCGCCCUCGCCUCGCUGCUGGCCGAGGCCGAGGCUGGGGUCGCGCGCCCCGGCGCCCCGGACCCUCGGGGGGCGCUGCGUGCCGCCACCAUGGAGGUCCGGCUGGGCCGCCUGCGGGGGCCCGCGGUGCCCGUGUGGGACGUGCUGGACUCCGGCUACGUGAGCGCCGCCACGCGGGAGCAGCUGCUGGCCCAGUUCGGGUCGGGGACGCUGGGCUUGCCCGCGCUGACCCGCAGGCUGACCACCAUCAUCGAGGAGGCUGAGGCGGCCCACGGGGCCGAGCCCGCCCUCUCCCAAGGGGGCGGAGCCUCCGGGCAGCGGGCCGCCGCGGGACCGUGCCCUGGCCAGGACGCCGACGCCGCCACCGACGCCGCCAGGGCCCUGCUGGAGCAGGCCCUGCGCGCCGCCACCAUGGAGGUGCGCGUCGGGCGGUUCCAGGGCCGGCCCGUCUCCGUGUGGGAGGUCCUCUUCUCCUCCUACCUGAGCCAGGCCCGCCGGGACGAGCUGCUGGCCCAGCACGCGGCCGGCGCCCUGGCCCUGCCCGCCCUGGUCGCCGUCCUCACCCAGCUCAUCGAGGAGACGGAGGAGCGGCUGAGCAAGGUGUCCUUCCGGGGCCUGAGGCGCCAGGUGUCGGCCUCCGAGCUGCACACGUCCGGGAUCCUGGGCCCCGAGACCCUGCGGGACCUGGCCCAGGGCACCAAGACCCUGCAGGAGGUGACGGAGAUGGACUCGGUGAAGCGCUACCUGGAGGGCACCAGCUGCAUCGCGGGCGUGCUGGUCCCCGCCAAGGACGAGCCCGGGCGCCAGGAGAAGAUGAGCAUCUACCAGGCCAUGUGGAAGGGCGUCCUGCGGCCGGGCACGGCCCUGGUGCUGCUGGAGGCGCAGGCGGCCACGGGCUUCGUCAUCGACCCCGUGCGCAACCAGAAGCUGUCCGUGGAGGAGGCGGUGGCCGCGGGCGUGGUGGGCGGCGAGCUCCAGGAGAAGCUGCUGUCGGCCGAGCGCGCGGUCACCGGCUACACCGACCCCUACACCGGGCAGCAGAUCUCCCUCUUCCAGGCCAUGAAGAAGGACCUCAUCGUGCGCGAGCACGGCAUCCGCCUGCUGGAGGCCCAGAUCGCCACGGGCGGCGUCAUCGACCCCGUGCACAGCCACCGCGUGCCCGUGGACGUGGCCUACCAGCGCGGCUACUUCGACGAGGAGAUGAACCGCGUGCUGGAGGACCCCAGCGACGACACCAAGGGCUUCUUCGACCCCAACACGCACGAGAACCUCACCUACGUGCAGCUGCUGCGGCGCUGCGUGCGCGACCCCGACACGGGGCUCUACAUGCUGCAGCUGGCCGGCCGGGGCUCCGCCCUCCACCAGCUGGGCGAGGAGCUGCGCGCCGCCCUGCGCGACACCCGCGUGACGCUGGGCGCGGGCCUCCCGCGGGGCCAGCCCGUCUCCGUGUGGGAGCUCCUCUUCUACCGGGAGGUGUCCGAGAGUCAGCGGCAGGACCUGCUGCGCCGGUACCGGGCGGGCUCGCUGACCGCGCGGGAGGUGGGCGCCGCCCUCGCCUCGCUGCUGGCCGAGGCCGAGGCUGGGGUCGCGCGCCCCGGCGCCCCGGACCCUCGGGGGGCGCUGCGUGCCGCCACCAUGGAGGUCCGGCUGGGCCGCCUGCGGGGGCCCGCGGUGCCCGUGUGGGACGUGCUGGACUCCGGCUACGUGAGCGCCGCCACGCGGGAGCAGCUGCUGGCCCAGUUCGGGUCGGGGACGCUGGGCUUGCCCGCGCUGACCCGCAGGCUGACCACCAUCAUCGAGGAGGCUGAGGCGGCCCACGGGGCCGAGCCCGCCCUCUCCCAAGGGGGCGGGGCCUCCGGGCAGCGGGCCGCCGCGGGACCGUCCCCUGGCCAGGACGCCGACGCCGCCACCGACGCCGCCAGGGCCCUGCUGGAGCAGGCCCUGCGCGCCGCCACCAUGGAGGUGCGCGUCGGGCGGUUCCAGGGCCGGCCCGUCUCCGUGUGGGAGGUCCUCUUCUCCUCCUACCUGAGCCAGGCCCGCCGGGACGAGCUGCUGGCCCAGCACGCGGCCGGCGCCCUGGCCCUGCCCGCCCUGGUCGCCGUCCUCACCCAGCUCAUCGAGGAGACGGAGGAGCGGCUGAGCAAGGUGUCCUUCCGGGGCCUGAGGCGCCAGGUGUCGGCCUCCGAGCUGCACACGUCCGGGAUCCUGGGCCCCGAGACCCUGCGGGACCUGGCCCAGGGCACCAAGACCCUGCAGGAGGUGACGGAGAUGGACUCGGUGAAGCGCUACCUGGAGGGCACCAGCUGCAUCGCGGGCGUGCUGGUCCCCGCCAAGGACGAGCCCGGGCGCCAGGAGAAGAUGAGCAUCUACCAGGCCAUGUGGAAGGGCGUCCUGCGGCCGGGCACGGCCCUGGUGCUGCUGGAGGCGCAGGCGGCCACGGGCUUCGUCAUCGACCCCGUGCGCAACCAGAAGCUGUCCGUAGAGGAGGCGGUGGCCGCGGGCGUGGUGGGCGGCGAGCUCCAGGAGAAGCUGCUGUCGGCCGAGCGCGCGGUCACCGGCUACACCGACCCCUACACCGGGCAGCAGAUCUCCCUCUUCCAGGCCAUGAAGAAGGACCUCAUCGUGCGCGAGCACGGCAUCCGCCUGCUGGAGGCCCAGAUCGCCACGGGCGGCGUCAUCGACCCCGUGCACAGCCACCGCGUGCCCGUGGACGUGGCCUACCAGCGCGGCUACUUCGACGAGGAGAUGAACCGCGUGCUGGAGGACCCCAGCGACGACACCAAGGGCUUCUUCGACCCCAACACGCACGAGAACCUCACCUACGUGCAGCUGCUGCGGCGCUGCGUGCGCGACCCCGACACGGGGCUCUACAUGCUGCAGCUGGCCGGCCGGGGCUCCGCCCUCCACCAGCUGGGCGAGGAGCUGCGCGCCGCCCUGCGCGACACCCGCGUGACGCUGGGCGCGGGCCUCCCGCGGGGCCAGCCCGUCUCCGUGUGGGAGCUCCUCUUCUACCGGGAGGUGUCCGAGAGUCAGCGGCAGGACCUGCUGCGCCGGUACCGGGCGGGCUCGCUGACCGCGCGGGAGGUGGGCGCCGCCCUCGCCUCGCUGCUGGCCGAGGCCGAGGCUGGGGUCGCGCGCCCCGGCGCCCCGGACCCUCGGGGGGCGCUGCGUGCCGCCACCAUGGAGGUCCGGCUGGGCCGCCUGCGGGGGCCCGCGGUGCCCGUGUGGGACGUGCUGGACUCCGGCUACGUGAGCGCCGCCACGCGGGAGCAGCUGCUGGCCCAGUUCGGGUCGGGGACGCUGGGCUUGCCCGCGCUGACCCGCAGGCUGACCACCAUCAUCGAGGAGGCUGAGGCGGCCCACGGGGCCGAGCCCGCCCUCUCCCAAGGGGGCGGGGCCUCCGGGCAGCGGGCCGCCGCGGGACCGUCCCCUGGCCAGGACGCCGACGCCGCCACCGACGCCGCCAGGGCCCUGCUGGAGCAGGCCCUGCGCGCCGCCACCAUGGAGGUGCGCGUCGGGCGGUUCCAGGGCCGGCCCGUCUCCGUGUGGGAGGUCCUCUUCUCCUCCUACCUGAGCCAGGCCCGCCGGGACGAGCUGCUGGCCCAGCACGCGGCCGGCGCCCUGGCCCUGCCCGCCCUGGUCGCCGUCCUCACCCAGCUCAUCGAGGAGACGGAGGAGCGGCUGAGCAAGGUGUCCUUCCGGGGCCUGAGGCGCCAGGUGUCGGCCUCCGAGCUGCACACGUCCGGGAUCCUGGGCCCCGAGACCCUGCGGGACCUGGCCCAGGGCACCAAGACCCUGCAGGAGGUGACGGAGAUGGACUCGGUGAAGCGCUACCUGGAGGGCACCAGCUGCAUCGCGGGCGUGCUGGUCCCCGCCAAGGACGAGCCCGGGCGCCAGGAGAAGAUGAGCAUCUACCAGGCCAUGUGGAAGGGCGUCCUGCGGCCGGGCACGGCCCUGGUGCUGCUGGAGGCGCAGGCGGCCACGGGCUUCGUCAUCGACCCCGUGCGCAACCAGAAGCUGUCCGUGGAGGAGGCGGUGGCCGCGGGCGUGGUGGGCGGCGAGCUCCAGGAGAAGCUGCUGUCGGCCGAGCGCGCGGUCACCGGCUACACCGACCCCUACACCGGGCAGCAGAUCUCCCUCUUCCAGGCCAUGAAGAAGGACCUCAUCGUGCGCGAGCACGGCAUCCGCCUGCUGGAGGCCCAGAUCGCCACGGGCGGCGUCAUCGACCCCGUGCACAGCCACCGCGUGCCCGUGGACGUGGCCUACCAGCGCGGCUACUUCGACGAGGAGAUGAACCGCGUGCUGGAGGACCCCAGCGACGACACCAAGGGCUUCUUCGACCCCAACACGCACGAGAACCUCACCUACGUGCAGCUGCUGCGGCGCUGCGUGCGCGACCCCGACACGGGGCUCUACAUGCUGCAGCUGGCCGGCCGGGGCUCCGCCCUCCACCAGCUGGGCGAGGAGCUGCGCGCCGCCCUGCGCGACACCCGCGUGACGCUGGGCGCGGGCCUCCCGCGGGGCCAGCCCGUCUCCGUGUGGGAGCUCCUCUUCUACCGGGAGGUGUCCGAGAGUCAGCGGCAGGACCUGCUGCGCCGGUACCGGGCGGGCUCGCUGACCGCGCGGGAGGUGGGCGCCGCCCUCGCCUCGCUGCUGGCCGAGGCCGAGGCUGGGGUCGCGCGCCCCGGCGCCCCGGACCCUCGGGGGGCGCUGCGUGCCGCCACCAUGGAGGUCCGGCUGGGCCGCCUGCGGGGGCCCGCGGUGCCCGUGUGGGACGUGCUGGACUCCGGCUACGUGAGCGCCGCCACGCGGGAGCAGCUGCUGGCCCAGUUCGGGUCGGGGACGCUGGGCUUGCCCGCGCUGACCCGCAGGCUGACCACCAUCAUCGAGGAGGCUGAGGCGGCCCACGGGGCCGAGCCCGCCCUCUCCCAAGGGGGCGGGGCCUCCGGGCAGCGGGCCGCCGCGGGACCGUCCCCUGGCCAGGACGCCGACGCCGCCACCGACGCCGCCAGGGCCCUGCUGGAGCAGGCCCUGCGCGCCGCCACCAUGGAGGUGCGCGUCGGGCGGUUCCAGGGCCGGCCCGUCUCCGUGUGGGAGGUCCUCUUCUCCUCCUACCUGAGCCAGGCCCGCCGGGACGAGCUGCUGGCCCAGCACGCGGCCGGCGCCCUGGCCCUGCCCGCCCUGGUCGCCGUCCUCACCCAGCUCAUCGAGGAGACGGAGGAGCGGCUGAGCAAGGUGUCCUUCCGGGGCCUGAGGCGCCAGGUGUCGGCCUCCGAGCUGCACACGUCCGGGAUCCUGGGCCCCGAGACCCUGCGGGACCUGGCCCAGGGCACCAAGACCCUGCAGGAGGUGACGGAGAUGGACUCGGUGAAGCGCUACCUGGAGGGCACCAGCUGCAUCGCGGGCGUGCUGGUCCCCGCCAAGGACGAGCCCGGGCGCCAGGAGAAGAUGAGCAUCUACCAGGCCAUGUGGAAGGGCGUCCUGCGGCCGGGCACGGCCCUGGUGCUGCUGGAGGCGCAGGCGGCCACGGGCUUCGUCAUCGACCCCGUGCGCAACCAGAAGCUGUCCGUGGAGGAGGCGGUGGCCGCGGGCGUGGUGGGCGGCGAGCUCCAGGAGAAGCUGCUGUCGGCCGAGCGCGCGGUCACCGGCUACACCGACCCCUACACCGGGCAGCAGAUCUCCCUCUUCCAGGCCAUGAAGAAGGACCUCAUCGUGCGCGAGCACGGCAUCCGCCUGCUGGAGGCCCAGAUCGCCACGGGCGGCGUCAUCGACCCCGUGCACAGCCACCGCGUGCCCGUGGACGUGGCCUACCAGCGCGGCUACUUCGACGAGGAGAUGAACCGCGUGCUGGAGGACCCCAGCGACGACACCAAGGGCUUCUUCGACCCCAACACGCACGAGAACCUCACCUACGUGCAGCUGCUGCGGCGCUGCGUGCGCGACCCCGACACGGGGCUCUACAUGCUGCAGCUGGCCGGCCGGGGCUCCGCCCUCCACCAGCUGGGCGAGGAGCUGCGCGCCGCCCUGCGCGACACCCGCGUGACGCUGGGCGCGGGCCUCCCGCGGGGCCAGCCCGUCUCCGUGUGGGAGCUCCUCUUCUACCGGGAGGUGUCCGAGAGUCAGCGGCAGGACCUGCUGCGCCGGUACCGGGCGGGCUCGCUGACCGCGCGGGAGGUGGGCGCCGCCCUCGCCUCGCUGCUGGCCGAGGCCGAGGCUGGGGUCGCGCGCCCCGGCGCCCCGGACCCUCGGGGGGCGCUGCGUGCCGCCACCAUGGAGGUCCGGCUGGGCCGCCUGCGGGGGCCCGCGGUGCCCGUGUGGGACGUGCUGGACUCCGGCUACGUGAGCGCCGCCACGCGGGAGCAGCUGCUGGCCCAGUUCGGGUCGGGGACGCUGGGCUUGCCCGCGCUGACCCGCAGGCUGACCACCAUCAUCGAGGAGGCUGAGGCGGCCCACGGGGCCGAGCCCGCCCUCUCCCAAGGGGGCGGAGCCUCCGGGCAGCGGGCCGCCGCGGGACCGUGCCCUGGCCAGGACGCCGACGCCGCCACCGACGCCGCCAGGGCCCUGCUGGAGCAGGCCCUGCGCGCCGCCACCAUGGAGGUGCGCGUCGGGCGGUUCCAGGGCCGGCCCGUCUCCGUGUGGGAGGUCCUCUUCUCCUCCUACCUGAGCCAGGCCCGCCGGGACGAGCUGCUGGCCCAGCACGCGGCCGGCGCCCUGGCCCUGCCCGCCCUGGUCGCCGUCCUCACCCAGCUCAUCGAGGAGACGGAGGAGCGGCUGAGCAAGGUGUCCUUCCGGGGCCUGAGGCGCCAGGUGUCGGCCUCCGAGCUGCACACGUCCGGGAUCCUGGGCCCCGAGACCCUGCGGGACCUGGCCCAGGGCACCAAGACCCUGCAGGAGGUGACGGAGAUGGACUCGGUGAAGCGCUACCUGGAGGGCACCAGCUGCAUCGCGGGCGUGCUGGUCCCCGCCAAGGACGAGCCCGGGCGCCAGGAGAAGAUGAGCAUCUACCAGGCCAUGUGGAAGGGCGUCCUGCGGCCGGGCACGGCCCUGGUGCUGCUGGAGGCGCAGGCGGCCACGGGCUUCGUCAUCGACCCCGUGCGCAACCAGAAGCUGUCCGUGGAGGAGGCGGUGGCCGCGGGCGUGGUGGGCGGCGAGCUCCAGGAGAAGCUGCUGUCGGCCGAGCGCGCGGUCACCGGCUACACCGACCCCUACACCGGGCAGCAGAUCUCCCUCUUCCAGGCCAUGAAGAAGGACCUCAUCGUGCGCGAGCACGGCAUCCGCCUGCUGGAGGCCCAGAUCGCCACGGGCGGCGUCAUCGACCCCGUGCACAGCCACCGCGUGCCCGUGGACGUGGCCUACCAGCGCGGCUACUUCGACGAGGAGAUGAACCGCGUGCUGGAGGACCCCAGCGACGACACCAAGGGCUUCUUCGACCCCAACACGCACGAGAACCUCACCUACGUGCAGCUGCUGCGGCGCUGCGUGCGCGACCCCGACACGGGGCUCUACAUGCUGCAGCUGGCCGGCCGGGGCUCCGCCCUCCACCAGCUGGGCGAGGAGCUGCGCGCCGCCCUGCGCGACACCCGCGUGACGCUGGGCGCGGGCCUCCCGCGGGGCCAGCCCGUCUCCGUGUGGGAGCUCCUCUUCUACCGGGAGGUGUCCGAGAGUCAGCGGCAGGACCUGCUGCGCCGGUACCGGGCGGGCUCGCUGACCGCGCGGGAGGUGGGCGCCGCCCUCGCCUCGCUGCUGGCCGAGGCCGAGGCUGGGGUCGCGCGCCCCGGCGCCCCGGACCCUCGGGGGGCGCUGCGUGCCGCCACCAUGGAGGUCCGGCUGGGCCGCCUGCGGGGGCCCGCGGUGCCCGUGUGGGACGUGCUGGACUCCGGCUACGUGAGCGCCGCCACGCGGGAGCAGCUGCUGGCCCAGUUCGGGUCGGGGACGCUGGGCUUGCCCGCGCUGACCCGCAGGCUGACCACCAUCAUCGAGGAGGCUGAGGCGGCCCACGGGGCCGAGCCCGCCCUCUCCCAAGGGGGCGGAGCCUCCGGGCAGCGGGCCGCCGCGGGACCGUGCCCUGGCCAGGACGCCGACGCCGCCACCGACGCCGCCAGGGCCCUGCUGGAGCAGGCCCUGCGCGCCGCCACCAUGGAGGUGCGCGUCGGGCGGUUCCAGGGCCGGCCCGUCUCCGUGUGGGAGGUCCUCUUCUCCUCCUACCUGAGCCAGGCCCGCCGGGACGAGCUGCUGGCCCAGCACGCGGCCGGCGCCCUGGCCCUGCCCGCCCUGGUCGCGGUCCUCACCCAGCUCAUCGAGGAGACGGAGGAGCGGCUGAGCAAGGUGUCCUUCCGGGGCCUGAGGCGCCAGGUGUCGGCCUCCGAGCUGCACACGUCCGGGAUCCUGGGCCCCGAGACCCUGCGGGACCUGGCCCAGGGCACCAAGACCCUGCAGGAGGUGACGGAGAUGGACUCGGUGAAGCGCUACCUGGAGGGCACCAGCUGCAUCGCGGGCGUGCUGGUCCCCGCCAAGGACGAGCCCGGGCGCCAGGAGAAGAUGAGCAUCUACCAGGCCAUGUGGAAGGGCGUCCUGCGGCCGGGCACGGCCCUGGUGCUGCUGGAGGCGCAGGCGGCCACGGGCUUCGUCAUCGACCCCGUGCGCAACCAGAAGCUGUCCGUGGAGGAGGCGGUGGCCGCGGGCGUGGUGGGCGGCGAGCUCCAGGAGAAGCUGCUGUCGGCCGAGCGCGCGGUCACCGGCUACACCGACCCCUACACCGGCAAGAUCUCCCUCUUCCAGGCCAUGAAGAAGGACCUCAUCGUGCGCGAGCACGGCAUCCGCCUGCUGGAGGCCCAGAACGCCACGGGCGGCGUCAUCGACCCCGUGCACAGCCACCGCGUGCCCGUGGACGUGGCCUACCAGCGCGGCUACUUCGACGUGGAGAUGAACCGCGUGCUGGAGGACCCCAGCGACGACACCAAGGGCUUCUUCGACCCCAACACGCACGAGAACCUCACCUACGUGCAGCUGCUGCGGCGCUGCGUGCGCGACCCCGACACGGGCUGGGCGAGGAGCUGCGCGCCGGCCCUGCGCGACACCCGCGACGCCGACGCCGCCACCGACGCCGCCAGGGCCCUGCAGGAGCAGGCCCUGCGCGCCGCCACCCAUGGAGGUGCGCGUCGGGCGUUCCAGGGCCGGCCCGUCUCCGUGUGGGAGGUCCUCUUCUCCUCCUACCUGAGCCAGGCCCGCCGGGACGAGCUGCUGGCCCAUCACGCGGCCGGCGUGGCCCUGCCCGCCCUGGUCGCCGUCCUCACCCAGCUCAUAGAUGGGGGGAGGGAGGAGGAGACGGAGGAGCGGCUGAGCAAGGUGUCCUUCCGGGGCCUGAGGCGCCAGGUGUCGGCCUCCGAGCUGCACACGUCCGGGAUCCUGGGCCCCGAGACCCUGCGGGACCGCCCGGGCACCAAGACCCUGCAGGAGGUGACGGAGAUGGACUCGGUGAAGCGCUACCUGGAGGGCACCAGCUGCAUCGCGGGCGUGCUGGUCCCCGCCAAGGACGAGCCCGGCCAGGAGAAGAUGAGCAUCUACCAGGCCAUGUGGAAGGGCGUCCUGCGGCCGGGCACGGCCCUGGUGCUGCUGGAGGCGCAGGCGGCCACGGGCUUCGUCAUCGACCCCGUGCGCAACCAGAAGCUGUCCGUGGAGGAGGCGGUGGCCGCGGGCGUGGUGGGCGGCGAGCUCCAGGAGAAGCUGCUGUCGGCCGAGCGCUGCUCACCGGCGUACACCGACCCCUACACCGGGCAGCAGAUCUCCCUCUUCCAGGCCAUGAAGAAGGACCUCAUCGUGCGCGAGCACGGCAUCCGCCUGCUGGAGGCCCAGAUCGCCACGGGCGGCGUAAUCGACCCCGUUCACAGCCACCGCGUGCCCGUGGACGUGGCCUACCAGCGCGGCUACUUCGACGAGGAGAUGAACCGCGUGCUGGAGGACCCAAGCGACGACACCAAGGGCUUCUUCGACCCGAACACGCACGAGAACCUCACCUACGUGCAGCUGCUGCGGCGCUGCGUGCGCGACCCCGACACGGGGCUCUACAUGCUGCAGCUGGCCGGCCGGGGCUCCGCCCUCCACCAGCUGGGCGAGGAGCUGCGCGCCGCCCUGCGCGACACCCGCGUGACGCUGGGCGCGGGCCUCCCGCGGGGCCCCGUCUCCGUGUGGGAGCUCCUCUUCUACGGGAGGUGUCCGGAGUCAGCGCAGGACCUGCUGCGCCGGUACCGGGCGGGCUCGCUGACCGCGCGGGAGGUGGGCGCCGCCCUCGCCUCGCUGCUGGCCGAGGCCGAGGCUGGGCGCGCGCCCCGCGCCCCGGACCCUCGGGGGGCGCUGCGUGCCGCCACAUGGAGGUCCGGCUGGGCGCCCGUGUGGGACGUGCUGGACUCCGGCUACGUGAGCGCCGCCACGCGGGAGCAGCUGCUGGCCCAGUUCGGGUCGGGGACGCUGGGCUUGCCCGCGCUGACCCGCAGGCUGACCACCAUCAUCGAGGAGGCUGAGGCGGCCCACGGGGCCGAGCCCGCCCUCUCCCAAGGGGGCGGAGCCUCCGGGCAGCGGGCCGCCGCGGGACCGUGCCCUGGCCAGGACGCCGACGCCGCCACCGACGCCGCCAGGGCCCUGCUGGAGCAGGCCCUGCGCGCCGCCACCAUGGAGGUGCGCGUCGGGCGGUUCCAGGGCCGGCCCGUCUCCGUGUGGGAGGUCCUCUUCUCCUCCUACCUGAGCCAGGCCCGCCGGGACGAGCUGCUGGCCCAGCACGCGGCCGGCGCCCUGGCCCUGCCCGCCCUGGUCGCGGUCCUCACCCAGCUCAUCGAGGAGACGGAGGAGCGGCUGAGCAAGGUGUCCUUCCGGGGCCUGAGGCGCCAGGUGUCGGCCUCCGAGCUGCACACGUCCGGGAUCCUGGGCCCCGAGACCCUGCGGGACCUGGCCCAGGGCACCAAGACCCUGCAGGAGGUGACGGAGAUGGACUCGGUGAAGCGCUACCUGGAGGGCACCAGCUGCAUCGCGGGCGUGCUGGUCCCCGCCAAGGACGAGCCCGGGCGCCAGGAGAAGAUGAGCAUCUACCAGGCCAUGUGGAAGGGCGUCCUGCGGCCGGGCACGGCCCUGGUGCUGCUGGAGGCGCAGGCGGCCACGGGCUUCGUCAUCGACCCCGUGCGCAACCAGAAGCUGUCCGUGGAGGAGGCGGUGGCCGCGGGCGUGGUGGGCGGCGAGCUCCAGGAGAAGCUGCUGUCGGCCGAGCGCGCGGUCACCGGCUACACCGACCCCUACACCGGGCAGCAGAUCUCCCUCUUCCAGGCCAUGAAGAAGGACCUCAUCGUGCGCGAGCACGGCAUCCGCCUGCUGGAGGCCCAGAUCGCCACGGGCGGCGUCAUCGACCCCGUGCACAGCCACCGCGUGCCCGUGGACGUGGCCUACCAGCGCGGCUACUUCGACGAGGAGAUGAACCGCGUGCUGGAGGACCCCAGCGACGACACCAAGGGCUUCUUCGACCCCAACACGCACGAGAACCUCACCUACGUGCAGCUGCUGCGGCGCUGCGUGCGCGACCCCGACACGGGGCUCUACAUGCUGCAGCUGGCCGGCCGGGGCUCCGCCCUCCACCAGCUGGGCGAGGAGCUGCGCGCCGCCCUGCGCGACACCCGCGUGACGCUGGGCGCGGGCCUCCCGCGGGGCCAGCCCGUCUCCGUGUGGGAGCUCCUCUUCUACCGGGAGGUGUCCGAGAGUCAGCGGCAGGACCUGCUGCGCCGGUACCGGGCGGGCUCGCUGACCGCGCGGGAGGUGGGCGCCGCCCUCGCCUCGCUGCUGGCCGAGGCCGAGGCUGGGGUCGCGCGGCCCGGCGCCCCGGACCCUCGGGGGGCGCUGCGUGCCGCCACCAUGGAGGUCCGGCUGGGCCGCCUGCGGGGGCCCGCGGUGCCCGUGUGGGACGUGCUGGACUCCGGCUACGUGAGCGCCGCCACGCGGGAGCAGCUGCUGGCCCAGUUCGGGUCGGGGACGCUGGGCUUGCCCGCGCUGACCCGCAGGCUGACCACCAUCAUCGAGGAGGCUGAGGCGGCCCACGGGGCCGAGCCCGCCCUCUCCCAAGGGGGCGGAGCCUCCGGGCAGCGGGCCGCCGCGGGACCGUGCCCUGGCCAGGACGCCGACGCCGCCACCGACGCCGCCAGGGCCCUGCUGGAGCAGGCCCUGCGCGCCGCCACCAUGGAGGUGCGCGUCGGGCGGUUCCAGGGCCGGCCCGUCUCCGUGUGGGAGGUCCUCUUCUCCUCCUACCUGAGCCAGGCCCGCCGGGACGAGCUGCUGGCCCAGCACGCGGCCGGCGCCCUGGCCCUGCCCGCCCUGGUCGCGGUCCUCACCCAGCUCAUCGAGGAGACGGAGGAGCGGCUGAGCAAGGUGUCCUUCCGGGGCCUGAGGCGCCAGGUGUCGGCCUCCGAGCUGCACACGUCCGGGAUCCUGGGCCCCGAGACCCUGCGGGACCUGGCCCAGGGCACCAAGACCCUGCAGGAGGUGACGGAGAUGGACUCGGUGAAGCGCUACCUGGAGGGCACCAGCUGCAUCGCGGGCGUGCUGGUCCCCGCCAAGGACGAGCCCGGGCGCCAGGAGAAGAUGAGCAUCUACCAGGCCAUGUGGAAGGGCGUCCUGCGGCCGGGCACGGCCCUGGUGCUGCUGGAGGCGCAGGCGGCCACGGGCUUCGUCAUCGACCCCGUGCGCAACCAGAAGCUGUCCGUGGAGGAGGCGGUGGCCGCGGGCGUGGUGGGCGGCGAGCUCCAGGAGAAGCUGCUGUCGGCCGAGCGCGCGGUCACCGGCUACACCGACCCCUACACCGGGCAGCAGAUCUCCCUCUUCCAGGCCAUGAAGAAGGACCUCAUCGUGCGCGAGCACGGCAUCCGCCUGCUGGAGGCCCAGAUCGCCACGGGCGGCGUCAUCGACCCCGUGCACAGCCACCGCGUGCCCGUGGACGUGGCCUACCAGCGCGGCUACUUCGACGAGGAGAUGAACCGCGUGCUGGAGGACCCCAGCGACGACACCAAGGGCUUCUUCGACCCCAACACGCACGAGAACCUCACCUACGUGCAGCUGCUGCGGCGCUGCGUGCGCGACCCCGACACGGGGCUCUACAUGCUGCAGCUGGCCGGCCGGGGCUCCGCCCUCCACCAGCUGGGCGAGGAGCUGCGCGCCGCCCUGCGCGACACCCGCGUGACGCUGGGCGCGGGCCUCCCGCGGGGCCAGCCCGUCUCCGUGUGGGAGCUCCUCUUCUACCGGGAGGUGUCCGAGAGUCAGCGGCAGGACCUGCUGCGCCGGUACCGGGCGGGCUCGCUGACCGCGCGGGAGGUGGGCGCCGCCCUCGCCUCGCUGCUGGCCGAGGCCGAGGCUGGGGUCGCGCGGCCCGGCGCCCCGGACCCUCGGGGGGCGCUGCGUGCCGCCACCAUGGAGGUCCGGCUGGGCCGCCUGCGGGGGCCCGCGGUGCCCGUGUGGGACGUGCUGGACUCCGGCUACGUGAGCGCCGCCACGCGGGAGCAGCUGCUGGCCCAGUUCGGGUCGGGGACGCUGGGCUUGCCCGCGCUGACCCGCAGGCUGACCACCAUCAUCGAGGAGGCUGAGGCGGCCCACGGGGCCGAGCCCGCCCUCUCCCAAGGGGGCGGAGCCUCCGGGCAGCGGGCCGCCGCGGGACCGUGCCCUGGCCAGGACGCCGACGCCGCCACCGACGCCGCCAGGGCCCUGCUGGAGCAGGCCCUGCGCGCCGCCACCAUGGAGGUGCGCGUCGGGCGGUUCCAGGGCCGGCCCGUCUCCGUGUGGGAGGUCCUCUUCUCCUCCUACCUGAGCCAGGCCCGCCGGGACGAGCUGCUGGCCCAGCACGCGGCCGGCGCCCUGGCCCUGCCCGCCCUGGUCGCCGUCCUCACCCAGCUCAUCGAGGAGACAGAGGAGCGGCUGAGCAAGGUGUCCUUCCGGGGCCUGAGGCGCCAGGUGUCGGCCUCCGAGCUGCACACGUCCGGGAUCCUGGGCCCCGAGACCCUGCGGGACCUGGCCCAGGGCACCAAGACCCUGCAGGAGGUGACGGAGAUGGACUCGGUGAAGCGCUACCUGGAGGGCACCAGCUGCAUCGCGGGCGUGCUGGUCCCCGCCAAGGACGAGCCCGGGCGCCAGGAGAAGAUGAGCAUCUACCAGGCCAUGUGGAAGGGCGUCCUGCGGCCGGGCACGGCCCUGGUGCUGCUGGAGGCGCAGGCGGCCACGGGCUUCGUCAUCGACCCCGUGCGCAACCAGAAGCUGUCCGUGGAGGAGGCGGUGGCCGCGGGCGUGGUGGGCGGCGAGCUCCAGGAGAAGCUGCUGUCGGCCGAGCGCGCGGUCACCGGCUACACCGACCCCUACACCGGGCAGCAGAUCUCCCUCUUCCAGGCCAUGAAGAAGGACCUCAUCGUGCGCGAGCACGGCAUCCGCCUGCUGGAGGCCCAGAUCGCCACGGGCGGCGUCAUCGACCCCGUGCACAGCCACCGCGUGCCCGUGGACGUGGCCUACCAGCGCGGCUACUUCGACGAGGAGAUGAACCGCGUGCUGGAGGACCCCAGCGACGACACCAAGGGCUUCUUCGACCCCAACACGCACGAGAACCUCACCUACGUGCAGCUGCUGCGGCGCUGCGUGCGCGACCCCGACACGGGGCUCUACAUGCUGCAGCUGGCCGGCCGGGGCUCCGCCCUCCACCAGCUGGGCGAGGAGCUGCGCGCCGCCCUGCGCGACACCCGCGUGACGCUGGGCGCGGGCCUCCCGCGGGGCCAGCCCGUCUCCGUGUGGGAGCUCCUCUUCUACCGGGAGGUGUCCGAGAGUCAGCGGCAGGACCUGCUGCGCCGGUACCGGGCGGGCUCGCUGACCGCGCGGGAGGUGGGCGCCGCCCUCGCCUCGCUGCUGGCCGAGGCCGAGGCUGGGGUCGCGCGCCCCGGCGCCCCGGACCCUCGGGGGGCGCUGCGUGCCGCCACCAUGGAGGUCCGGCUGGGCCGCCUGCGGGGGCCCGCGGUGCCCGUGUGGGACGUGCUGGACUCCGGCUACGUGAGCGCCGCCACGCGGGAGCAGCUGCUGGCCCAGUUCGGGUCGGGGACGCUGGGCUUGCCCGCGCUGACCCGCAGGCUGACCACCAUCAUCGAGGAGGCUGAGGCGGCCCACGGGGCCGAGCCCGCCCUCUCCCAAGGGGGCGGAGCCUCCGGGCAGCGGGCCGCCGCGGGACCGUGCCCUGGCCAGGACGCCGACGCCGCCACCGACGCCGCCAGGGCCCUGCUGGAGCAGGCCCUGCGCGCCGCCACCAUGGAGGUGCGCGUCGGGCGGUUCCAGGGCCGGCCCGUCUCCGUGUGGGAGGUCCUCUUCUCCUCCUACCUGAGCCAGGCCCGCCGGGACGAGCUGCUGGCCCAGCACGCGGCCGGCGCCCUGGCCCUGCCCGCCCUGGUCGCGGUCCUCACCCAGCUCAUCGAGGAGACGGAGGAGCGGCUGAGCAAGGUGUCCUUCCGGGGCCUGAGGCGCCAGGUGUCGGCCUCCGAGCUGCACACGUCCGGGAUCCUGGGCCCCGAGACCCUGCGGGACCUGGCCCAGGGCACCAAGACCCUGCAGGAGGUGACGGAGAUGGACUCGGUGAAGCGCUACCUGGAGGGCACCAGCUGCAUCGCGGGCGUGCUGGUCCCCGCCAAGGACGAGCCCGGGCGCCAGGAGAAGAUGAGCAUCUACCAGGCCAUGUGGAAGGGCGUCCUGCGGCCGGGCACGGCCCUGGUGCUGCUGGAGGCGCAGGCGGCCACGGGCUUCGUCAUCGACCCCGUGCGCAACCAGAAGCUGUCCGUGGAGGAGGCGGUGGCCGCGGGCGUGGUGGGCGGCGAGCUCCAGGAGAAGCUGCUGUCGGCCGAGCGCGCGGUCACCGGCUACACCGACCCCUACACCGGGCAGCAGAUCUCCCUCUUCCAGGCCAUGAAGAAGGACCUCAUCGUGCGCGAGCACGGCAUCCGCCUGCUGGAGGCCCAGAUCGCCACGGGCGGCGUCAUCGACCCCGUGCACAGCCACCGCGUGCCCGUGGACGUGGCCUACCAGCGCGGCUACUUCGACGAGGAGAUGAACCGCGUGCUGGAGGACCCCAGCGACGACACCAAGGGCUUCUUCGACCCCAACACGCACGAGAACCUCACCUACGUGCAGCUGCUGCGGCGCUGCGUGCGCGACCCCGACACGGGGCUCUACAUGCUGCAGCUGGCCGGCCGGGGCUCCGCCCUCCACCAGCUGGGCGAGGAGCUGCGCGCCGCCCUGCGCGACACCCGCGUGACGCUGGGCGCGGGCCUCCCGCGGGGCCAGCCCGUCUCCGUGUGGGAGCUCCUCUUCUACCGGGAGGUGUCCGAGAGUCAGCGGCAGGACCUGCUGCGCCGGUACCGGGCGGGCUCGCUGACCGCGCGGGAGGUGGGCGCCGCCCUCGCCUCGCUGCUGGCCGAGGCCGAGGCUGGGGUCGCGCGCCCCGGCGCCCCGGACCCUCGGGGGGCGCUGCGUGCCGCCACCAUGGAGGUCCGGCUGGGCCGCCUGCGGGGGCCCGCGGUGCCCGUGUGGGACGUGCUGGACUCCGGCUACGUGAGCGCCGCCACGCGGGAGCAGCUGCUGGCCCAGUUCGGGUCGGGGACGCUGGGCUUGCCCGCGCUGACCCGCAGGCUGACCACCAUCAUCGAGGAGGCUGAGGCGGCCCACGGGGCCGAGCCCGCCCUCUCCCAAGGGGGCGGGGCCUCCGGGCAGCGGGCCGCCGCGGGACCGUCCCCUGGCCAGGACGCCGACGCCGCCACCGACGCCGCCAGGGCCCUGCUGGAGCAGGCCCUGCGCGCCGCCACCAUGGAGGUGCGCGUCGGGCGGUUCCAGGGCCGGCCCGUCUCCGUGUGGGAGGUCCUCUUCUCCUCCUACCUGAGCCAGGCCCGCCGGGACGAGCUGCUGGCCCAGCACGCGGCCGGCGCCCUGGCCCUGCCCGCCCUGGUCGCCGUCCUCACCCAGCUCAUCGAGGAGACGGAGGAGCGGCUGAGCAAGGUGUCCUUCCGGGGCCUGAGGCGCCAGGUGUCGGCCUCCGAGCUGCACACGUCCGGGAUCCUGGGCCCCGAGACCCUGCGGGACCUGGCCCAGGGCACCAAGACCCUGCAGGAGGUGACGGAGAUGGACUCGGUGAAGCGCUACCUGGAGGGCACCAGCUGCAUCGCGGGCGUGCUGGUCCCCGCCAAGGACGAGCCCGGGCGCCAGGAGAAGAUGAGCAUCUACCAGGCCAUGUGGAAGGGCGUCCUGCGGCCGGGCACGGCCCUGGUGCUGCUGGAGGCGCAGGCGGCCACGGGCUUCGUCAUCGACCCCGUGCGCAACCAGAAGCUGUCCGUGGAGGAGGCGGUGGCCGCGGGCGUGGUGGGCGGCGAGCUCCAGGAGAAGCUGCUGUCGGCCGAGCGCGCGGUCACCGGCUACACCGACCCCUACACCGGGCAGCAGAUCUCCCUCUUCCAGGCCAUGAAGAAGGACCUCAUCGUGCGCGAGCACGGCAUCCGCCUGCUGGAGGCCCAGAUCGCCACGGGCGGCGUCAUCGACCCCGUGCACAGCCACCGCGUGCCCGUGGACGUGGCCUACCAGCGCGGCUACUUCGACGAGGAGAUGAACCGCGUGCUGGAGGACCCCAGCGACGACACCAAGGGCUUCUUCGACCCCAACACGCACGAGAACCUCACCUACGUGCAGCUGCUGCGGCGCUGCGUGCGCGACCCCGACACGGGGCUCUACAUGCUGCAGCUGGCCGGCCGGGGCUCCGCCCUCCACCAGCUGGGCGAGGAGCUGCGCGCCGCCCUGCGCGACACCCGCGUGACGCUGGGCGCGGGCCUCCCGCGGGGCCAGCCCGUCUCCGUGUGGGAGCUCCUCUUCUACCGGGAGGUGUCCGAGAGUCAGCGGCAGGACCUGCUGCGCCGGUACCGGGCGGGCUCGCUGACCGCGCGGGAGGUGGGCGCCGCCCUCGCCUCGCUGCUGGCCGAGGCCGAGGCUGGGGUCGCGCGCCCCGGCGCCCCGGACCCUCGGGGGGCGCUGCGUGCCGCCACCAUGGAGGUCCGGCUGGGCCGCCUGCGGGGGCCCGCGGUGCCCGUGUGGGACGUGCUGGACUCCGGCUACGUGAGCGCCGCCACGCGGGAGCAGCUGCUGGCCCAGUUCGGGUCGGGGACGCUGGGCUUGCCCGCGCUGACCCGCAGGCUGACCACCAUCAUCGAGGAGGCUGAGGCGGCCCACGGGGCCGAGCCCGCCCUCUCCCAAGGGGGCGGGGCCUCCGGGCAGCGGGCCGCCGCGGGACCGUGCCCUGGCCAGGACGCCGACGCCGCCACCGACGCCGCCAGGGCCCUGCUGGAGCAGGCCCUGCGCGCCGCCACCAUGGAGGUGCGCGUCGGGCGGUUCCAGGGCCGGCCCGUCUCCGUGUGGGAGGUCCUCUUCUCCUCCUACCUGAGCCAGGCCCGCCGGGACGAGCUGCUGGCCCAGCACGCGGCCGGCGCCCUGGCCCUGCCCGCCCUGGUCGCCGUCCUCACCCAGCUCAUCGAGGAGACGGAGGAGCGGCUGAGCAAGGUGUCCUUCCGGGGCCUGAGGCGCCAGGUGUCGGCCUCCGAGCUGCACACGUCCGGGAUCCUGGGCCCCGAGACCCUGCGGGACCUGGCCCAGGGCACCAAGACCCUGCAGGAGGUGACGGAGAUGGACUCGGUGAAGCGCUACCUGGAGGGCACCAGCUGCAUCGCGGGCGUGCUGGUCCCCGCCAAGGACGAGCCCGGGCGCCAGGAGAAGAUGAGCAUCUACCAGGCCAUGUGGAAGGGCGUCCUGCGGCCGGGCACGGCCCUGGUGCUGCUGGAGGCGCAGGCGGCCACGGGCUUCGUCAUCGACCCCGUGCGCAACCAGAAGCUGUCCGUGGAGGAGGCGGUGGCCGCGGGCGUGGUGGGCGGCGAGCUCCAGGAGAAGCUGCUGUCGGCCGAGCGCGCGGUCACCGGCUACACCGACCCCUACACCGGGCAGCAGAUCUCCCUCUUCCAGGCCAUGAAGAAGGACCUCAUCGUGCGCGAGCACGGCAUCCGCCUGCUGGAGGCCCAGAUCGCCACGGGCGGCGUCAUCGACCCCGUGCACAGCCACCGCGUGCCCGUGGACGUGGCCUACCAGCGCGGCUACUUCGACGAGGAGAUGAACCGCGUGCUGGAGGACCCCAGCGACGACACCAAGGGCUUCUUCGACCCCAACACGCACGAGAACCUCACCUACGUGCAGCUGCUGCGGCGCUGCGUGCGCGACCCCGACACGGGGCUCUACAUGCUGCAGCUGGCCGGCCGGGGCUCCGCCCUCCACCAGCUGGGCGAGGAGCUGCGCGCCGCCCUGCGCGACACCCGCGUGACGCUGGGCGCGGGCCUCCCGCGGGGCCAGCCCGUCUCCGUGUGGGAGCUCCUCUUCUACCGGGAGGUGUCCGAGAGUCAGCGGCAGGACCUGCUGCGCCGGUACCGGGCGGGCUCGCUGACCGCGCGGGAGGUGGGCGCCGCCCUCGCCUCGCUGCUGGCCGAGGCCGAGGCUGGGGUCGCGCGCCCCGGCGCCCCGGACCCUCGGGGGGCGCUGCGUGCCGCCACCAUGGAGGUCCGGCUGGGCCGCCUGCGGGGGCCCGCGGUGCCCGUGUGGGACGUGCUGGACUCCGGCUACGUGAGCGCCGCCACGCGGGAGCAGCUGCUGGCCCAGUUCGGGUCGGGGACGCUGGGCUUGCCCGCGCUGACCCGCAGGCUGACCACCAUCAUCGAGGAGGCUGAGGCGGCCCACGGGGCCGAGCCCGCCCUCUCCCAAGGGGGCGGGGCCUCCGGGCAGCGGGCCGCCGCGGGACCGUCCCCUGGCCAGGACGCCGACGCCGCCACCGACGCCGCCAGGGCCCUGCUGGAGCAGGCCCUGCGCGCCGCCACCAUGGAGGUGCGCGUCGGGCGGUUCCAGGGCCGGCCCGUCUCCGUGUGGGAGGUCCUCUUCUCCUCCUACCUGAGCCAGGCCCGCCGGGACGAGCUGCUGGCCCAGCACGCGGCCGGCGCCCUGGCCCUGCCCGCCCUGGUCGCCGUCCUCACCCAGCUCAUCGAGGAGACGGAGGAGCGGCUGAGCAAGGUGUCCUUCCGGGGCCUGAGGCGCCAGGUGUCGGCCUCCGAGCUGCACACGUCCGGGAUCCUGGGCCCCGAGACCCUGCGGGACCUGGCCCAGGGCACCAAGACCCUGCAGGAGGUGACGGAGAUGGACUCGGUGAAGCGCUACCUGGAGGGCACCAGCUGCAUCGCGGGCGUGCUGGUCCCCGCCAAGGACGAGCCCGGGCGCCAGGAGAAGAUGAGCAUCUACCAGGCCAUGUGGAAGGGCGUCCUGCGGCCGGGCACGGCCCUGGUGCUGCUGGAGGCGCAGGCGGCCACGGGCUUCGUCAUCGACCCCGUGCGCAACCAGAAGCUGUCCGUGGAGGAGGCGGUGGCCGCGGGCGUGGUGGGCGGCGAGCUCCAGGAGAAGCUGCUGUCGGCCGAGCGCGCGGUCACCGGCUACACCGACCCCUACACCGGGCAGCAGAUCUCCCUCUUCCAGGCCAUGAAGAAGGACCUCAUCGUGCGCGAGCACGGCAUCCGCCUGCUGGAGGCCCAGAUCGCCACGGGCGGCGUCAUCGACCCCGUGCACAGCCACCGCGUGCCCGUGGACGUGGCCUACCAGCGCGGCUACUUCGACGAGGAGAUGAACCGCGUGCUGGAGGACCCCAGCGACGACACCAAGGGCUUCUUCGACCCCAACACGCACGAGAACCUCACCUACGUGCAGCUGCUGCGGCGCUGCGUGCGCGACCCCGACACGGGGCUCUACAUGCUGCAGCUGGCCGGCCGGGGCUCCGCCCUCCACCAGCUGGGCGAGGAGCUGCGCGCCGCCCUGCGCGACACCCGCGUGACGCUGGGCGCGGGCCUCCCGCGGGGCCAGCCCGUCUCCGUGUGGGAGCUCCUCUUCUACCGGGAGGUGUCCGAGAGUCAGCGGCAGGACCUGCUGCGCCGGUACCGGGCGGGCUCGCUGACCGCGCGGGAGGUGGGCGCCGCCCUCGCCUCGCUGCUGGCCGAGGCCGAGGCUGGGGUCGCGCGCCCCGGCGCCCCGGACCCUCGGGGGGCGCUGCGUGCCGCCACCAUGGAGGUCCGGCUGGGCCGCCUGCGGGGGCCCGCGGUGCCCGUGUGGGACGUGCUGGACUCCGGCUACGUGAGCGCCGCCACGCGGGAGCAGCUGCUGGCCCAGUUCGGGUCGGGGACGCUGGGCUUGCCCGCGCUGACCCGCAGGCUGACCACCAUCAUCGAGGAGGCUGAGGCGGCCCACGGGGCCGAGCCCGCCCUCUCCCAAGGGGGCGGGGCCUCCGGGCAGCGGGCCGCCGCGGGACCGUCCCCUGGCCAGGACGCCGACGCCGCCACCGACGCCGCCAGGGCCCUGCUGGAGCAGGCCCUGCGCGCCGCCACCAUGGAGGUGCGCGUCGGGCGGUUCCAGGGCCGGCCCGUCUCCGUGUGGGAGGUCCUCUUCUCCUCCUACCUGAGCCAGGCCCGCCGGGACGAGCUGCUGGCCCAGCACGCGGCCGGCGCCCUGGCCCUGCCCGCCCUGGUCGCCGUCCUCACCCAGCUCAUCGAGGAGACGGAGGAGCGGCUGAGCAAGGUGUCCUUCCGGGGCCUGAGGCGCCAGGUGUCGGCCUCCGAGCUGCACACGUCCGGGAUCCUGGGCCCCGAGACCCUGCGGGACCUGGCCCAGGGCACCAAGACCCUGCAGGAGGUGACGGAGAUGGACUCGGUGAAGCGCUACCUGGAGGGCACCAGCUGCAUCGCGGGCGUGCUGGUCCCCGCCAAGGACGAGCCCGGGCGCCAGGAGAAGAUGAGCAUCUACCAGGCCAUGUGGAAGGGCGUCCUGCGGCCGGGCACGGCCCUGGUGCUGCUGGAGGCGCAGGCGGCCACGGGCUUCGUCAUCGACCCCGUGCGCAACCAGAAGCUGUCCGUGGAGGAGGCGGUGGCCGCGGGCGUGGUGGGCGGCGAGCUCCAGGAGAAGCUGCUGUCGGCCGAGCGCGCGGUCACCGGCUACACCGACCCCUACACCGGGCAGCAGAUCUCCCUCUUCCAGGCCAUGAAGAAGGACCUCAUCGUGCGCGAGCACGGCAUCCGCCUGCUGGAGGCCCAGAUCGCCACGGGCGGCGUCAUCGACCCCGUGCACAGCCACCGCGUGCCCGUGGACGUGGCCUACCAGCGCGGCUACUUCGACGAGGAGAUGAACCGCGUGCUGGAGGACCCCAGCGACGACACCAAGGGCUUCUUCGACCCCAACACGCACGAGAACCUCACAUACGUGCAGCUGCUCCAGAGGGCUACUCGGGAUCCUGAAACAGGGUUCUUAUUCCUUUCUCUCACUUGAAAAUGAUCGUUCAUUCGUGUUAAAUAAAAUUUUUUUCUUCUGUUAAGCAUACAUAGGAAUGUUUUCAAAAAUUGUUUUCUGGAUAUAUCUGUUAAGUAGGUUUUACUUCCAUGUUAAUUACCUUCAUGUCUUUCCCCUCGUUUUUAUUGUAAUUGCUCAUUUUUGUCUAUUUCCAUUAAAGUCAUGAUCUUAAU